AUGAAAGCCCUGCUGGUUGAGAAGCGAGGAGAGGAGAGGAGAAGAGAGCUGGGAGAGUGAGGUAAGUGGUAGUUCAGAGACAGGCAGCAGUGAGGGCAGGGAGAGGGAAAGUGCAGCCUAGAGCAGGCUAAAACUGACUGACUGACUGACUGACUGCUGCAGCUCUAUAGUCAGGAACAGAGGCAGCCAGGCACCUCAUUAGAAUGUUUCACAUUCCUCUUCAGGCACCAAUGCUCUCUCUGCUUCCUCUUCACUGCUCUUGAUACCACAGAGCUAGCUGGGGAAAGUUGACGACCUCAGAAGUCUGAGCCUCUCUGUAAAAUGGAUAAAGCUGACACCUCUACCAAAUACUACCAGUUUUACUACCUCGUCUCAUCUGCACCCACUCAAACACAAAUAGAACUUGUAAAUUAAUUGUAUUAAUCUAUAGAAUUAUUAAGCAGAACAUGAAUAAUGGACCUUUUGUAUACAGAGAAUGCCACCGUGAGAAAUAAUGGAUUGUAUAGGCUUUGUCAGACAGUAGAUCUCAGAAGUUAUUAUGUCCCUCCACAAAAUAACACAACUUCGUGCCAAACCUCCAGUAUAAAUACACCACUUUUGGUUGAAACAGAUACCACUCGCUUAAAUACAAUUUGGAUAGUGGUGCCACCCACCCUUUAUCACUGCUGCCCACAACACAAAACAAUUGACUGUGGUUGAGUGAAGAUCCCAGGAUAGGAGGAGGAGAGAGAGAGGGCCCCAGCAGAGGGGGCCCUCUCUGUCAGUGUCUUUGUUUGGCGGGCUUCCAGAUCUGUCUUCUUGUGUAGGGUUCAGUUAAUCACACUUUGUCAGUGGUUAGCUAUGCUCACUGAACUGUGCCUUGCAUCCACUGAAGGGCCGGACCAGGGCAUGCAACACCGUUGUGGUGAUGGUGAUGAGCUGUGUAGUAGCCACAGUGCUGCUUUGAAGUGUUAACACACCAUGCCUAUUGUAUAUCUGUGUCGUCAGUAGAGCAUUUACAUUUACAUCAUUUAGCAGACGCUCUUAUCCAGAGCGACUUACAGUUAGUGAGUGCAUACAUUAUAUAUAUAUAUUUUUUUUUCAUACUGGCCCCCCGUGGGAAUCGAACCCACAACCAUGGCGUUGCAAACGCCAUGCUCUACCAACUGAGCUACCUCCCUGCCAGCCAUUCCCUCCCCUACCCUGGACGACGCUGGGCCAAUUGUGCGCCGCCCCAUGGGUCUCCUGGUCACGGCCGGCUACAACAGAGCCUGGAUUCAAACCAGUAUCUCUAGUGGCACAGCUAGCACUGCGAUGCAGUGCCUUAGACCACUGCGCCACUCGGGAGCAUGCCAUCGCUCCAAUUAUUGUUUAUUGUGGUGUGCUAAAUCAUGUCAGAAAAGUAUUCCCAUGAUCAAAGCUGAUAUCAUUGGCGCUGAUUGUGAAACCAAAGUAGAUGAUAAUGACAGUUUCGGGGAACUUUGGUUAUGUGGCUGUUUUCUUUGUAACUUUGAACAGGCCGUCUGGUUCGGACAGUCUCCACUUUGUACUAUCCACUCUCUGACUCUAACUCUGUCUGGACUUGCCUUUAUCUCUCCUCUCUUACUCACACACUCAUCACUUCCCCCAUUGAUGAAAUUGGUGAAAUUCCAGCCCGUCCGCCUGCAGUUUUGUGCGGGUGUAUCAUUUGCCUGCUGCCGCGAGGCAUGUGUGUUUUUUCUCAGGAGGUGUCAGAUUCUCAGUUUGCUCCAACAGACAGGUUUUCUACUUGGUCUGCAGCCAACUGCACAGAGGCAGUAGGCAGUGAGUGAGUGAGUGAGUGAGUGAGUGAGUGAGUGAGUAAGUGAGUGAGGAGGAGGGUUGUGUACAGUAUAUGUGCCUCUACUGCCUCGUCUCUUCAUGUGCCUCUGCUCUGUUUGUGGGCCUCACCUCUUGUUUUUCUAUACUCCUACUAUUCUAGGAAGAGAAGUAGGCCUUGUGUGGGAGAGAGUAUACACUGAGUGUACAAAACUUUAGGAACACCUGCUAUUUCCAUGACAUAGACUGACCAGGUGAAUCCAGGUGAAGGCGAUGAUCCCUUAUUGAUGUCACUUGCUAAAUCUUUGAACGGGGUAUGGUAGUAGGUGCCAGGCACACCGGUUUAGUGUGUCAAGAACUGCAACUCUGCUGGGUUUUUCACACUCAACAGUUUCCUGUGUGCAUCAAGAAUGGUCCACCAACCAAAGGACAUCCAGCCAACUUGACACAAAUGUGGGAAGCAUUGGCGUCAACAUGGGCCAGCAUUCCUGUGGAAGGCUUUCAACACCUUCUAGAGUCCAUGUCCCGAUGAAUUGAGGCUCUUCUGAGGGCAAAAGGGGGGUGUUCCUAAUGUUUUGUACACUCAGAGUAUAUUGCUGAGGACUCUUUUUCGUUAUAAGCUAUAAUUCUCUCUCUGCUCAGUCAGUGCAUGACCUCUUGGUCCUCGCUCGCUGUAGGUGCAGUUUUUGGUUCAGCUGUGAGUUUUCUGUUCUGUUUCAGUCUGUGUAAAUACGAGGCUAGCCAGAGAUGUUGGUUGCAUGACAUUCUCUGGUAGCUCAUCUGUCUAACAGUUAGUCGUCUGGUCUGUAAGGUAAAUGUAAUGUCUGAGUUAGCCAUGGAUUAGAGCCUGACUGACAUGAUUAGACACACUUAAUCAUGUCCCAAUGUUUGACUCACACACACGACCUGGCACUUUUUGUGUUGUCCCUCCUUUCUCCUUGCUUAUCACUCUGAUUAUUUCUCCCAUUCUUAUCAGCUUUCUAAUACCUCUAGUGCACACUCUCUCUCCCUUAUCUCCCCCCCCCCCCCCCCUCUCUCGCUCUCUCUCUCUCUCUCUCUCUCUCUCUCUCUCUCUCUGUCUCUGUCUCUGUCUCUGUGUAGCAGGUGCACAUGAGGUGAUGAUCUCCUCAGUAGCAGGUGCACAUGAGGUGAUGAGCCGGAACCAGUUUCAGCUGGACGUGAGCUAUACAUUGCAAGUGUCUGACACAGAUAACAAGCUCGCGCAGUUCUCAUCACACAAACACUAAAUUAACAGAGGACGGGUCCAGUUUUAAUUGCACAUACCUGACACCCGUGGCAAUUAUAUCACACCCGACCCAGAUCCAAGACAAAAGUUCCGGGUCGGAUAUCAGAAUUUUGGGUCUGUUCAAACCGUGAACACCUCUAGUCUGAAAGCACCUGGAUGGGCAGAUCCCUCAUAAGGCUGUAUUACUCUAGCAGCACACAGGGCUUUGUACCUGGGCUGGCACAACAGAAACAAACCCAACCAGUCUUAGUCUCCCCAGAGGCAGCCAUGAUGACAUCACCCCUGUCUCUCUCUGUCUUGAGUGGUGCAGCCUAAUACCCCUCUGUCCUCAGGCCCAUUGGAGCAGCUGGGAGGUCAGAGCCCCAAUUACAGGAAGUUAACCCCACUUAAUCAACAGACUCACUGUGCCUCAGACCUGCUAAAAUACACAACUGAUAGGGAGAAGGGACUACUGUAUGGGGUGUGGGUGGGGAGUAUUGGGAUGUGUGUGUCAGUCAGAAGCUUCAUUCACCUCUCCCCUCCACCCCGCCCAGUCUAAUCUGACAGCUCCAUGAAUUCGGGCCCUCCAAAUGUCUGUCAGCAGCCAGAUUAAGGCCUGUGGCUGUGUUUUGGCUGCGGUGGCUGUGUGUGUUGUGGUUCUAUUAAUCUGUCCCUGUGGACACUGCACUGUGCUGCAGCAGCCAGGCAGUCAGGCAGCAGGCCCAAAGCUGCAGUGAUUGAAAUGUGGAGUGCAAACAGGACAAGGUUUCCCAUGCCAUGGCUAAUGUACCAUCCAUUAGAGAAGAGCAAUAGCCGCAGAGCCCGGCCCGGCCAGGCUCUGCUAUCUGUGAUGGAGGUAUGCACUGUGAGCACGACCAACCGCAGUCUCCAUUACACUAUUCAUUUGGAGGUUGGAUUUCAUAAUUCAUAAUAUGACUUCUAACAGUCAAUUGUGACACUGAUGUGGACUAAUGAACUUCAUGUACAGUAAAUAUAUUAUGUUAUGAUGGAUUAAGACGCUACUUUUUUUUUUUUUGUAGACUGUCUGCUUCAGGAGCAAAUUACAGUGUAUUUUAAAAUAUAGAAAUAGAGCCUGAAAUAUAGUGAGUCUAAAUCUGUCUGAGCAGUAUUCAUGUUCUGUUUAAAAGUCAAUAAAAACAGUGGGAAUCCAGUUAUUUUGGUUAUUUGUUUCUUUAGAAUGGGAAUUAUUUAUCUUAAUCUGGCUGCAAGCUUUUAUACUACUUAGACUACUAGAUCCAAUAAGAUUUAGGGCACAUCAGGAGGGAGGCUCAGACUGGUGCAUAAUAUGCACAGUUUUAGGAGUUUCUUUGGUGUCAAAAACUCCCUCUUGUCAACUCAACAUGCUUAUCAGCUCAAUGGGGAUGCUCAGCCUGGAGUGCUAUGCACCCUGUAGGAACUCUAGAGUAUAUAGUGCAUUCGGAAAGUAUUCAGACCCAUUGACUUUUUCCACAUUUUGUUACGUUACAGCCUUAUUCUAAAAUUGAUAUGCUUCACCGUAGGGAUGGUGCCAGGUUUCCUCCAGAUGUGAUGCUUCGCAUUCAGGACAAAGAGUUCAAUCUUGGUUUCAUCAGACCAGAGAAUCUUGUUUCUCAUGGUCUGAGAGUCUUUACGUGCCUUUUGGCAAACUCCAAGCAGGCUGUCAUGUGCCUUUUACUGAGUGGCUUCUGUCUGGCCAAUCUAACUUAAAGGCCUGAUUGGUGGAGUGCUGCGGAGAUGGUUGUCCUUCUGGAAGGUUCUCCCAUCUCCACAGAGGAACUCUGGAGCUCUGUCAGAGUGACCAUCGGGUUCUUGGUCACCUCUCUGACCAAGGCCCUUCUCCCCCGAUUUCUCAGUUUAGGCUCUAGGAAGAGUCUUGGUGGUUCCAAACUUCUUCCAUUUCAGAGGGCAAAUGGGCAAGACAAAAGAUUUAAGUGCCUUUGAACGGGGUAUGGUAGUAGGUGCCAGGCGCACCGGUUUGCGUCAAGAACUGCAACGCUGCUGGGAUUUUCACGCUCAACAGUUUCCCGUGUGUAUCAAGAACUUGACACAAUUGUGGGAAGCAUUGGAGUCAACAACCACAUGGGCCAGCAUCCCAGACGAAUUGAGGCUGUUAUGAGGGCAACUCAAUAUUAUGAAGGUGUUCUUAAUGUUUUCUACACUCAGUGUAUAUCGUAUAAUGUAUGUCUGCAUGAAUAUCUAUGUGUGUGCUGACAACUAGUACAUAUUUGUAAUCAUAAAUAUCGAAUAACAGUAUUUAUGGAAGGAAACAAGGAAAUAUCCCAGUCAAAUCCUCAAUGAAACCAAACCUUACAUCUAAAGUGCAUUCGGAAAGUAUUCAGACCCCUUUACUUUUUCCACAUUGUUACGUUACAGCCUUAUUCUAAAAUGGAUUAAAUAUAUAUUUUUCCUCAUCAAUCUACACCCAAUACCCCUUAAUGACAAAGCAAAAACAGGUUUUUAGAAAUUUUAGCAAAUGUAUUAAAACACAAAAACAGAAAUAUCAUAUUUACAUAAGUAUUCAGACCCUUUACUCAGUACUUUGUUGAAACACCUUUUGCAGCAAUUACAGCCUCGAGUCUUCUUGGGUAUGACGCUACAAGCUUGGCACACCUCUAUUUGGAGAGUUUCUCCCAUUCUUCUCUGCUGAAAAACAUCCCCACAGCAUGAUGCUGCCAGCACCAUGCUUCAUCGUAGGGAUGGUGCCAGGUUUCCUCCAGAUGUGAUGCUUGGCAUUCAGGCCAAAGAGUUCAAUCUUGGUUUCAUCCGACCAGAGAAUCUUGUGUCUCAUGGUCUGAGAGUCCUUUAGGUGCCUUUUGGCAAACUCCAAGCGGGCUGUCAUGUGCCUUUUACUGAGGAGUGGCUUCCGUCUGACCACUCUACCAUAAAGGCCUGAUUGGUGGAGUGCUGCAGAGAUGGUUGUCCUUCUGGAAGGUUCUCCCCUCUCCACAGAGUAACUCUGGAGCUCUGUCAGAGUGACCAUCAGCUUCUUGGUCACCAACCUGACCAAGGCCCUUCUCCCCCGAUUGUUCAGUUUGGCCGGGCAGCCAGCUCUAGGAAGAGUCUUGGUGGUUCCAAACUUCUUCCAUUUAAGAAUGAUGGAGGCCACUGUGGUCUUGGGGAUCUUCAAUGCUGCAGACAUUUUUUGGUACCCUUCCCUAGAUCUGUGCCUCGACAUAAUCCUGUCUCGGAGCUCUACGGACAAUUCCUUCGACCUCAUGGCUUGGUUUUUGCUCUGACAUGCACUGUCAACUGUGGGACCUUAUUUAGACAGGUGUGUGCCUUUCCAAAUCAUGUCCAAUCAACUGAAUUUACCACAGGUGGACUCCAAUCAAGUUGUAGAAACAUCUCAAGGAUGAAACAGGAUGCAUCUGAGCUCAAUUUCGAGUCUCAUAGCAAAGGGUCUGAAUACUUAUGUAAAUAAGGUAUUUCCGUGUUUUAUUUUUAAUACAUUUGCAAAAAUGUCUAUAAACCUGUUUUCGCUUUAUCAUUAUGGGGUAUUGUGUGUAGAUUGAUGAGGAAAAGGCUGUAACGUAACAAAAUGUGGAAAUAUUCAAGGGGUCUGAAUACUUUCCAAAUUCACUGUAGCCUUAAUUUGUUUUGGUUCCUAAUGUAUUUUGUUCACAAUAUUUAUAUUGGUGCAGAGUGUACAUAUGACACUGUUUUCAGAGUGACCAUUUGACCCAUCUCCCUGGGGUCACUGGCUUAUAGUAGCAGUGCUGAUGGCUCCUGGGUAAUAUGAACUGGUUGUGUGGAAAGAAAAUGUGUAAAUUUUUUGUGUUCAGAGGUUCUUGGUGGCAGAAACAUUUCUUUGUACUGCCUUUGAUUUUCCUUCAGCUUGUAACCAUUUUCGACACACAUUAAGGAUAUAACAAGCUUAAAGAAUGUGUUUAUAUUUUUGGUGUCUCAUCAGGUAAAUCAAUUAACGUUCAGAUCAAUGUCCAUUUUCCCUGAAUUUGUGACUGUCUGUGUAUGUGUGAAGUUGACACAGAUGAUUUCCUUGUGUGAAUGUGCCUGGCAAUCACAGCAUUGACAUCCAGUGGCUAAUGUAAUCACAGCUUGUGUGCUGCAGGACUGACUGAGAGGAACCUUAAUCUCUCCCAGUUUCUCGCUGCCAAAUUGGCUCAAUCUGCCAGGGAGAAACAUCACUGAGUUCUCUGCUGCCGCCUUUCAAAGGGCCUUUUUUUAUGUGGGCUCGAUGUGUUUGAUCCAGUAUACUGUCUCUCAGCAUUUUGAUUUGGUGAGUCUGCUAUCCACAGCAUGUGAAGGGACUUCAGAGGGAUCAGUAGUCCAGUGUUAGUGACAGAGAGAGGGCAACGAGAGUCCUGCCUCCAGCUGAACAGACUAUAUCGAUCAGAUACUGUACUCUGGACAAAUUUUUUUGAUAGAUCGAAACCUCAUGAUUUUCGUAACUGUCAUGAACCCUGCGUCCUGAGUCUGUUCCUGCCUGUGUUGCCGUUUUUCUGCUCGGUAUCUCCUGGUUCCUGAACGCACCCUGUCCGGUUGCCGGGCGACGUUGCUAGGCGGGUGAUCUCUCGAUUACCCGCACCUGCUUCUCAUCAGCCUCGGCACACCUGGUUCUGAUCAUCACCCCUUCUUAAGCUCUGACCUGACAUCCAUUUCCUGCCGGAUCGUUAGCCAUUAACAUCAUUCUCCCGGAACCUUCACCCAACCCCUGCCGUGCCAUCAUUUAAUCUGCCACUUCACCUCCACCUACUCAUCUCCGCCACCCGCUCCGUCUCCUGGAUUAUUCUGCAUCUUUUGAAUCUGUAAAUAAACACUCACCUUCGUUCAACUCACCUUGUCCUGGUCUGCUUCUGGGUUCUGUCUUAGAGAAUCGUGACAGAACGAUCCGGCCAGAAAUGAACCCAGCGGACCUGGACUCUGUUCGCCAUGCCAUUACCCAUCAGGAGAAGAUGUUGGGACAACAUAGCACGGCGCUACAGGAGAUAGCGUUGUCAGUUCUGAACUUUUUUACCAGUCUGACGAAGAUCCAGGCUCAGCUCAGUUUGCCGGUGGAGAAUCCACCACCGGUUUCACCCAUCUCGCCUGCCGCUUCUGGAGCUGUGCCCUUCCGUGAGCCCAAGGUUCCGACGCCUGAUAAAUAUGAGGGGGAUUUGGGAAGAUGCCGUUCCUUUCUUAUGCAGUGUGGAUUAGUGUUCGAUCUACAGCCCCACUCUUAUGCCACAGACAAGGCUAGGAUAGCCUUUGUCAUUGAAUUGCUGCGUGGUAGAGCCCUGGAGUGGGCGUCAGCCGUAUGGGAACGACAGGACACCUGCAUGGCUUCAUACCAGGAGUUCACGGCAGAGAUGAGGAAGCUGUUUGACCAUCCUGUCCGAGGUAAGGACGCAGCUAAGCGCCUGUUUUCUCUUCGCCAAGGAGCUCGCAGAGUGACUGACUUCGUAAUCGAAUUCAGGACAUUGGCUGUGGAGAGUGGGUGGAAUGAGGAGUCACUGCAAGCAGCCUUUUAUCAGGGGUUGUCGGAGCAACUCAAGGAUGAGCUGAUCUCCUACCCGGAGCCUAGUGACCUGGACAGUUUGGUCGCUUUGUCUAUUCGGGUGGAUAACAGAGUUCGAGAGAGAAGGAGGGAGAAGCAAUGGGGCCCGUCCAAUCAAUCAGCUUCUCGGUUCCCAGUCGGGUCAGGAGGUGGACCAGAACGCGUCGAUCAUUGUCCACCACACGGGAUUAGUGGAGAGGUCCUGCCUCCAGAUUCUGAACCCAUGCAAGUGGGGCGGCACGGGCUAACCAAGGAGGAGCGCCAACAUAGACGUGAGACCAACCGCUGCCUCUACUGUGGUAGUUCGGGACAUUACAUCUCCACUUGUUCCCAGCGGCCGUCAAACUACCCGGCUCGCUAAGUUUGGGAGGACUUUUAGCGAGCCGGUUUCAACCUCUCAAUACCCCUGUCAGACCCCGUUUCCCGGCUACCCUCAUGAACAGGAAUCAGAGUUUAGCGAUUAACGCUUUCAUCGAUUCAGGUGCCGAUGGCAGCUUUAUUGAUGCCGACGUGGUGGAACAGCUGGGGCUUCCCAAGGAGCGACUACCGGAAGCCAUUGAAGCUACCACUCUGAACGGCAGUAGUCUGGCACGUAUCACAAUGAGGACUGAACCGGUUAAGAUGCUGUUGUCAGGGAAUCAUUCUGAGGUUAUCUCAUUCUUCAUUCUGCCUUCUCCCCAUGUUCCUCUGGUCCUUGGAUACCCCUGGCUGAAGGAACACAAUCCCACGUUCGAUUCGGUGACUGGCAAGGUAACUAGUUGGAGCAUUGAUUGUCAUGCUAACUGCCUCAAGACUACCUGUUCCCAUUCUGUUCCCAGUCAGGUCAUUGAGGCUAACCCCCCAGAUUUGUCCCUGGUCCCCGAAACAUAUCACGAUUUGGGGGAGGUGUUCAGUAAGCAGAGGGCUCUGUCACUUCCUCCCCACCGACCAUAUGAUUGUGCCAUAAACCUGUUCCCUGGAGCUGUCUAUCCCAAGGGACGGUUAUACAGCAUCUCCCGACCUGAACGUGAAGCUCUGGAGACCUACAUAAAGGAGUCCCUAGCUGCUGGUCUCAUUCGUCCCUCGUCAUCACCCCUGGGGGCAGGAUUCUUCUUUGUGAGUAAGAAGGAUGGCUCUCUUCGACCUUGUAUUGAUUAUCGGGGGUUGAAUGAUAUCACAGUCAAGAACAAGUAUCCCCUGCCCUUGAUGAGCUCUGCUUUCGACUCCUUACAGGGUGCUACGGUGUUCACCAAGCUGGACCUACGCAAUGCGUAUCAUCUGGUCUGGAUCAGAGAGGGUGACGAGUGGUUGACUGGUUUCAAUACACAGAUGGGUCAUUUCGAGUAUCAGGUGAUGCCGUUUGGACUGACCAAUGCUCCAGCAGUGUUCCAGAGUAUGGUGAAUGACGUCCUGAGAGAUAUGAUCGGUCUUUUUGUGUUCGUUUACCUGGAUGACAUUCUUAUCUUCUCUAAGGAGCCUUCCAGCCACGUCCAGCAUGUCAAGCAGGUUCUGCAGCGAUUGUUGGAGAAUCGCCUGUUUGUGAAGGCCGAGAAGUGUGAAUUUCACGCCCACACUACAUCCUUCCUCGGGUACAUCAUCUCCAGGGGAGAGAUUAGGAUGGACCAAGAGAAGGUUAGGGCGGUUCUGGAUUGGGCCCAGCCCGGUACGAGAUUGCAGCUCCAGAGGUUUCUGGGGUUUGCAAAUUUCUAUCGUAGAUUUAUCCAUGACUACAGCCGUGUGGCCGCUCCUUUAACUGCCCUGACUUCUAGUACCAGAACCUUCAGUUGGAAUCCUGAGGCGGACCGGGCAUUUCUGGAUUUGAAGAGGCGAUUCACCAACGCUCCGAUUCUCUCUCAACCUGACACUGCCCGUCAGUUUGUUGUUGAGGUGGAUGCGUCUGAUGUGGGGGUUGGCGCCAUCCUGUCCCAGCGAUGCUCCACUGACGGUAAACUCCAUCCCUGCGCCUACUACUCUCGUCGUCUUUCAUCUGCGGAGAGGAACUACGAUGUGGGUAACCGGGAGCUUCUCGCAGUGAAACUUGCCUUGGAGGAGUGGCGCCACUGGUUGGAGGGGGCGGAGCAACCGUUUGUUGUCUGGACUGACCACAAUAAUCUUGCUUACGUGCAAUCGGCUAAACGUCUCAACUCCCGUCAGGCCAGGUGGUCGUUGUUUUUUGGACGCUUUAAUUUUUCCCUGACGUUCCGACCGGGGUCUAAGAAUGGCAAGGCGGACGCCUUGUCCCGGAUGUUCUCCAAGACGGAGGAGAGUGGGGCCAAGACUGAGACGAUUCUUCCCCGGAACCAUGUCGUAGGAGCCGUUAUGUGGAGGAUUGAGGAGGAGGUUAUGGCGGCCCUUCGGACGCAGCCCGGCCCCGGUAACGGUCCACCCGGUCGGUUGUUUGUGCCUGAGUCGGUCCGUUCGGCUGUCCUCCAAUGGUCCCACGCCAGCAAGAUGGCUUGCCACCCUGGCGUGGCUCGGACGAUGGCGCUUCUACGCAGACGAUUUUGGUGGCCUGCCAUGGGAGAAGAUACUCAGAGGUUAGCUGCUGCCUGUCCAGUUUGUGCGCAGAAUAAGAGUGCCAAUCGGCCCAGCUCUGGACUUCUUCACCCCCUACCUAUCCCCCGGCGACCAUGGUCGCAUCUGGCCCUGGACUUUGUCACUGGGUUGCCCUCUUCUGAGGGGAACAUGGUCAUUCUGACUAUUGUGGACAGAUUCAGCAAGUUCGCCCACUUUGUGCCCAUAUCCAAGCUUCCCUCUGCCUCUGAGACGUCCAAGAUCCUGGUUAGGGAGGUUUUCAGGGUUCACGGUUUGCCCAGUGACAUAGUUUCCGACCGUGGUCCUCAGUUCACCUCUGCUGUCUGGAAGUCCUUCUGUUUGGCCAUUGGAGCUACAGUCAGUCUCACAUCUGGAUUUCACCCCCAAUCCAAUGGACAGGCGGAGAGAACCAACCAGAAGAUGGAAUCCACGCUGCGCUGCCUUGUUUCCUCCAACCCCACCUCUUGGGUCUCUCAGUUGCCUUGGGUUGAGUAUGCCCACAAUACUCUCCCUACUUCUGCCAUUGGGAUGUCUCCCUUCCAGUGCCUAUACGGCUACCAACCCCCCUUGUUUCCUUCUCAGGAGAAGGAUCUCUCGGUUCCCUCUGUCCAGGCCCACAUUCGUCGUUGCCACCGGACCUGGCAUCGGGCCAGAAAGGCCCUCCUUCGAGUUUCUGACCGGUAUCAGCUCCAGGCGAAUCGUCGCCGUAUUCCAGCCCCCGCUUAUGCCAUCGGAGAUAGGGUCUGGUUGGCUACACGGGACCUUCCUCUGCGGACUGAGUCAAGGAAACAGUCGCCGAGGUUCAUUGGUCCGUUUGUGGUGGAGAGAGUGAUUAAUCCGGUUGUGGUUCGACUCAAGUUGCCUAGGACGCCUUCCAUGUCUCCUGCCUCAAGCCUGUUCUCCUCAGCCCUCUAUUGCCCCCUCCGCCUCCUCCCCGGAUGAUCGGAGGAGGUCCUGUCAACACGGUGCGCCGCAUCAUGGAUUCCUGACGGCGGGGCCGGGGUUUCCAGUAUCUCGUGGACUGGGAGGGGUAUGGUCCUGAGGAGAGGAGUUGGAUUCCUCGGCGUCAGAUCCUUGAUGCUGACCUCCUUCGUGACUUCUACCGCCUCCAUCCUGGCGCUCCGGGUAGUCCGCCCGGUGGCGUUCAUCGGAGGGGGGGUACUGUCAUGAACCCUGCGUCCUGAGUCUGUUCCUGCCUGUGUUGCCGUUUUUCUGCUCGGUAUCUCCUGGUUCCUGAACGCACCCUGUCCGGUUGCCGGGCGACGUUGCUAGGCGGGUGAUCUCUCGAUUACCCGCACCUGCUUCUCAUCAGCCUCGGCACACCUGGUCCUGAUCAUCACCCCUUCUUAAGCUCUGACCUGACAUCCAUUCCCUGCCGGAUCGUUAGCCAUUAACAUCAUUCUCCCGGAACCUUCACCCAACCCCUGCCGUGCCAUAAUUUAAUCUGCCACUUCACCUCCACCUACUCAUCUCCGCCACCCGCUCCGUCUCCUGGAUUAUUCUGCAUCUUUUGAAUCUGUAAAUAAACACUCACCUUCGUUCAACUCACCUUGUCCUGGUCUGCUUCUGGGUUCUGUCUUAGAGAAUCGUGACAGUAACACCUUAUAAGUAAUUACAUAAGUAUGUUUCUAUUGGUUUAUUGAAUUACCUAAUAAUCUACUUUGGGAAUUCAUUUCAGGAAUUUAAUGAUGAGGUGUAAGGCAUCAUUUUGCUCAGGUUGGAGAAAAUAUAUUACAACUUUUUGGAUUUGGCUGAGCUGUCAUGUUCCACCCCAGAUGUUUAUGCUGAAAUUGGUUUGAAAAGGUUAGCGCUGUUAUCUGAAAUUAAACAUGUCAGUGACUUCUAACUGAGUCAGAAAGCCGUGAGGCAAAAAUCACAUCCAAAUAUGACUUUGCAGGCAGGUUUGUGAAAUCCAGAUAUCCCUUUCAAUCCUGUAGAAUAGAAAUGUCGGCACAUUUGUAAUGCUGUCCUGGAGUUUCUAAAAGCAGCUAGCUGACUGACUAUGUCCCCCUGGACAUGUCAGGAGAAAGCACAUCUGGAAAACUCUGAAAUUGAAAAAGAGAUAAUUUAGCAAAUGCCUCGAGAGAAAUGAUUUGUUCUGAAGCCAUUUUCAUACUCCUACACAGCCAGAUGAUUCAACAUGGAGAACAUUAGCUUGCUCACCUCAAGGCCCAAAGAGAGACUAGGUAAUAAGACUCAGUCCAGUACUUUCCACUGUGCUGCCUGCUAGCCUGCUAUAAAACAUAGGAGCAUGGCAGAGGCCACAUCAGUAACAGAGCACUGCACACAGCAGGCAAUUAGCAGGCAGGUAGCCUGUGUCACAGUGUCAUUGUUUACCUAACCAGACCAGCGCUAUAGGUUUAAUUUGUAUUAUUCAACACCAGUCAGUCAGCUUACUGUGCAUUCCCCAACUGUUUCCUCUCUUCGCCUAGUUAGAGAAAGUUGGUGUCAAUAUGAAAUGAGAGGCUGUGCAAUUAUUGAGUUUACAGUACGUUCUAAUACCAAACCUCUCCUUUGUUUAUUUCAGGGUUGGAGCCAGUUGGAGCGAGAUGAGAGAUGAGAGCCCAGUGGAUUAGCAGACAGACAGAGCCUAGCUGUAGGGGCAGUAUGAAGGCCUGAACAUUGAGCAUCCAGCUCCACAGUCAGCCUAGCCAUGCCCUGCUGCUGAGUGCCCUGGGGACCAGCCCCGGCCUUGGCACCAUGACCAGUCUGAAGCUCCCACCCAUGGAGCGCAUCGUUGGGGGUUCUAUCCCUGCCACUGACGAGUUCUACACCCACCACCUUCGCCUGGCCAACGGAGGGGCACGCACAGACAGCGCCCACCUUCCAGGGGGCCCGGGGGUGCCCAAAAUGGGGGUGCGGGCACGGGCUGCCGAAUGGCCCCCGAGGAAGGACUUGGGAACUCUGUGGCAAGUUACCAUGGAGCCAGACACCCCAGGCCUGGCCGGAGGGGGGCAGAGCAACCUGAAACUAGGUCAACUAAUGAACCCCCAGGACUCCUCCAUGCUCCGCAACAUCCAGAACACACUGAAGAGUAAAACCCAGGGGGCCAGCUACAGCCCAGACAGCACCUACCUGUCCCCAGCAGACUACAGAGUCCCAUCCCACAGGAACACCAGCCGCAUCCGCCAGCGCAGCAACAGUGACAUCACCAUCAGUGAGCUGGACGGUGGCGGGGACAGUGGGGAGGACUUGGGCCCCUCAGGGGCCAAGUGGUCCCCUCUACACAGAGAGUAUGGCAGUACCUCCUCUAUAGACCAGCAUGGGGCGUCAGGGGAGAGCUUCUUUGAGAUGCUGAAGGGCUACCAGGGAGAGAAGCCUGACCAGCGCAGCCCUGCCCCAGACAGACUAGAAGACCUGCUGACUGCUGGACUCAAGCAGGCCUCCAUAGAACUACAUGAGGAGACUAGUGAGAGCCAGGCAUCCAGCAGAGUCAAGGAGAGAGAGAAGCCCCCAAAGAGACGCUCCAAGUCAGAGACGGGGGGCGAGUCUAUAUUCCGGAAGCUACGCAGCGUGAGGGGGGAGUCUGACUCGCCCCGGGCCGGUUCUGAUGCUGAGGAAGGUCGGUCAGAGGAUGGGGUCACCCCCCUCAAGCCCUGGGUCUGCCAGAGGGGCUUCUCCCACUACGACGUGCAGAGCAUGAUGUUUAACCUGAACAAGGUGAUCCAGAGCAGGCAGACGGCGGCAGUGAAGAGGAAGAACACCUCCACGGGGGCGUCUGCUGCGGCUGCAGCCUCCACCACCUCCACCGUGUCCUCCACCCACAGCCUGGCCUACAGCUCCCCAACUGGCAGUCAGGAGGAGCUCAGCGCCAGGGCCAGGGACUGCCCCAGCAUGGACUCCGGGGAUGAGCAGAGCAACGAGCUGCUCCUCAACUGCCCCUGCUUCUGCAACGAGAUUGGGGCCAACUGCAGGCGCAGGGCAGGGGGCGGUCCCCCCAGACAGGGGAGUGGGGGCUCAGGGACACUGGGAGGCGAGGGCAGCCUGUUUGAGUCAUCCCUCAGCUCCCACUGCACUAACGCUGGGGUGGCAGUGCUGGAGGGGCCCAAGGACAACCCCAGUGCCCUCAGUGAUCGGGGCAAACACUACAUCGUAGAGCACGUGGACCUGGGAGCCUACUAUUACAGGAAGUUCUUCUACCUUAGAGGUGAGAACAUACAUGAUGCAGAACAUACACAAUGAAUCCUCUCAAACUUAUUCAGUUACAAACAUUAUACAGUACAUAAAGAACUAUAACACUAGAAUGUAAAACAUAAACAAACAGUCCUACACAGCCCAUCGUGUAAUACAGUUACCAAAUUCAAGUGUAUGUUUAUACAUAAAUUAGUUGGGAAGGUUAUUUUAUUUAUCUUUACCUCUCUCUCUCUCUCUCUCUCUCUCUCUCUCUCUCUCUCUCUCUCUCGCUCUCGCUCUCGCUCUCGCUCUCGCUCUCGCUCUCUCUCUCUCGCUCUCGCUCUCGCUCUCUCUCUCCCUCAGAGCACUGGAACUACUUUGGGAUGGAUGAGGCUCUGGGUCCGGUGGCUGUGAGUGUGCGCAGGGAGAAGGAGGAGGAGCACAAAGAGCACGGCCAGCAGUACAACUACCGGGUCAUCUUCAGAACCUCAGAGGUCAGACAGCUAGCCAACUGAUGUUACAACCGCUCUCCCUGGAUCAUGUCACUUAUUACAUGGUCAAAGAUUCCCUUAGCACAGGGGUGUCAAACUAAUUUCACGGAGGGCCGAGUGUCUGCAGGUUUUUGUUUAAGACCUAGACAACCAGGUGAGGGGAGUUCCUUACUAAUUAGUGACCUUAAUUCAUCAAUCAAGUACAAGGGUGGAGCAAAAACCCACAGACACUCGGCCCUCCGUGGAAUGAGUUUGACACGUGCCUUAGCAGUUAAUGACCCCUGCUAGAUAGAUAGAGAUUUCUGUUGUUUUAAAAUCCUGUCACGUUGAUUGUCUGUAGAUUAGUUUUUCUGUAGUCCCUCUCCCCUAUCUCUGUCUGCCUGGUAGGUUCACAUUAUGUAAGAAGCCCAGAGGGCCAUCAGCUGUCCUCUCAGAUCAGCUCUGUGUAUAGAAACUAUAGGAAACGCUCUCAUCCUCCACACAACUCCACGGCCUGUCAAUGCUACACAACCUCAAACCACGAUAGAGAACUCUUCUUUUACAUUUCACUGGAAAAUCAUGGCUAUGAUUUUGGUUAUGGAGUGACUGCGAAACAGCACCAUUUCCUUCCCAGCUAUAGAUUUAAGACACCUGCCUUGGAGUGUUCAGAGAUGGUUGUCUGGUUUUUUUUUUCUGGGUUGGAAGGUGGACAGGUGUGUGUGAUUAGACCCUCCAGCUCAGUGUGAGACAUCCCGGGCCCCCAGGGCCCCAAACCUGGGGAACACUGGACGUUUGUUAGGGUCCUCUCCGAGGGGUGUGGGAGAGAAAGUUCCCCUCCUUUCCAGCUGCAUAUGAUAGCAGAGUGAUUGAGUUCACUGCCACUGCUGAACACAAUGCACACUCUGUGUACACAUUAUGCUUCACUGAAAAAACCCCACUCCACCCUCCUCUUUCUACUUCCCCCAGGCCAAAAGUUUGAUUCAUAACUGAGCCUUGUUCUUUUCUGUUGAUUUAUGUCAGAUUCUUUUAGCUAAAUAGUUAUAAACUUACUCAGGAGACGUUAUGGUGUUUGGGAAGCAGAACCGACAUGUUCAUUUUGUUCCAUCUUAAACAUUUUGUUCCAUCUUGAAAAUAAAGUUCCAUGAACUGGGGAUUCCUGAGGCACAUUCCUCCACUUACACUUCUCUCUCUUCCUCUCCUCCUUUCCAUCCCUCCAUCUAGUUGACCACGCUCCGGGGGUCUAUUCUGGAGGAUGUGGUCCCCUCGUCCUCUAAGCAUGGCACUACCCGCGGGCUGCCCCUGAAGGAGGUGUUGGAGUACCUGCUUCCAGAGCUGGAUGUGCCCUGCCUCCGCCUGGCCCUUAACACGCCCAAGGUCACAGAACAGCUGAUGAAACUGGAUGAACAGGGGGUAGGAGGAUACACACUCACAUUACAUAAAAAUACUCCCUGAAUAGGCCUGAGUCAUGCUACACCUGUAUGUUGUUAUUGGGCCAGAUCAUAUUUCAUUGGUAACAGACCUUUGGUUGGCUCUACUAUUGGCGCUAUAUCAUGCUAUAAAAUGAGACUAGUCUGAUCUAUUCUAUAGUUUUUGCACUACAAAAAUGUCUUAACAUUAAAUCUCUCUCUCUCCCCCUACCCCCCCAUCCUCCUCUCUAGCUGAGUUUCCAGGUGAAGGUGGGGGUGAUGUACUGCAAGGCGGGGCAGAGCAGUGAGGAGGAGAUGUACAACAAUGAAAUGGCGGGCCCUGCCCUGGAGGAGUUCCUGCAGCUGCUGGGGGAGAGAGUCCGCCUCAAAGGCUUUACCAAGUACCGCGCCCAGCUCGACACCAAGAGUACGCUCACACACAAAAGCACACACACACUCACACACACACACACACACACACACACACACACACACACACACACACACACACAGCAAAGACGUUUAAAACUGUGAUUGGUCUUUUUAUUUGACCAAGGAUGCAGCGUGACAGGCUCCUGUGUGGGAACCUCUCUGACCCUCUCUCUGACCUCCUCACCCCAGGUCUCACAGCAUGAAUUAUGAGUCCUUCUGUAGAAUCUGCUUAAUCUUUGCUGUAGGUGGGGCUCUGCUCUGCCUUGCAUGUUAGCAACUACAGGUUUGGGGUAAUCUCUGUAAACUAGAGAGCUUUUCCUCUCCUGUCUCUCACAUGUGUUAUGUAUAGUCCCAUUUACUUCAUGUAGCCUGUUUUUAAAAUCUGUCUUGUAACCCCUCAUUUCCUCUUGCUUGUCUUAUCACUCCACUAUACCUGUUCCUCUGACCAACCCUUUCUCAUACCCCUAGCCCUCCCUCCCUCCUUCUGUCUCCGGUGUAUUGAGGACUAAAUCAGGUCCACUAUGGCUGGCCACACACUCCACUACAUCCUUUAUGUUCCUUAUGAGAGCAGAGCAGGAAAUGGCAGCUCAUCCCAAUCAUGCACUUAAUUACAUUUGGCAAUUUUUGGCACUUCCUCUAUCCGUAAGCUCAAUGAAUAUGAACAUUCUUCUUUUGUCCAUACAUUUUGAUUGUGGUGGCUGCCUGGGUAAUCUGGGCACCCAGAACCAAAUCACAAGAAACUUUGCUCCUAGGGUUAUGGUAGACUGGUAGGGUUAUGGCAUAAUUGUCCACUCCUUACAAUGCCUGCAGUAAUGCACAAGAGGCUGUGCUAUAUCUUUAAUAUAGUUACAUGUAAAAGCCGUUUUCCCCGGCCCGCAUGGGGCAACAAUAGUAUUGAGAGGGCUCAACCCUCUCAACAAUUAUUUGUUGUUGUUUUCCUGUCACACUAUCCCGGCAGACAUUGAUCAGACUACACUAUCAUGGCUUGUUGUUUGUGCUAUGUAACAGGAGACAGUCUAGUACAGGGAUCAUCAACUAGGUUCAGCCGCGGGACAAUUUUUUUCUCUCGAGUGGAUGGUCAGGGGGCCGGAACAUAAUGCCAAAUAAUUUUUAGACUGCAAAUUGACCGCAAGAAGCCCAAACAGAUAUAAUAUUUCACUAAAACAUAAUCAUUUCAAACCUUUCCUACAUUUGUAUACAAUCACAUAUCUCUCUAUUAUGCAUGGGAAUACUUUGCAACAGAUUUCCAAAAUGAAAAUCACUUGGAGCUGAUUUCCUGGUGUUUCUACAGUUUUUUAUAUCCCAAUAAAAUAAAAUAAAAAAUAUAUUAUAUAUAUUUUUUCUUGGAAAACUUGGUGGGCCAAAUAAUAUCACCUGCGGGCCAAAUUCGGCACAUAGGCCGUGAGUUGGGGAACCCUGACCUAGUACAUAAAACACAGAACAGAUAGGUUGCUGCUGGAGGACAGAGUUGGGUUGCAGUAGCAGUACAAUGGGGCCUUACAUUGUGGCGCUCCUCUCUCUUCCUCCAGCUGAUUCCACUGGCACCCACUCCCUGUACACGGCCUACAGGGACUAUGAGAUCAUGUUCCAUGUGUCUACUCUGCUGCCCUACACACCCAACAACAAACAACAGGUACGGAAGGGCUCUGAUAUCACAUAAGGAAAUGAAAAUGAAAAUGACAUGCAUUUGGAUAACACGUUAUGUCAUAGAUGGAUUAAAUGAUUAAUCAAGUUUAAUUCAAGAAGAAUAGGAUAUUCAUUGAGAUUUUGUAAUUGAGAUUCUGUAAUUCUGUGUUGUAGUUGCUGAGAAAGAGACACAUUGGGAACGACAUCGUCACCAUAGUGUUCCAGGAGCCGGGAGCCCUCCCCUUCACCCCCAAGACCAUCUUCUCCCACUUCCAACACGUGUUCAUCAUCGUCCGUGUUUACAGCCCCUGCUCCGACAACACCUGCUACAGGUGAGUGUGGACCGCGGUGAGAGCGCGGUCAGACCACUAUUGACUACUAGAGGACCUGGCGGUCACAAAACAACCUGGAAACCCCUGGUGCUACAACAGUGGUUGUUCUGAACAACUCAUGCAGGUAGAUAACAUAAAGAGGAAGAGAACCACUGGAAGGCAUGGUCACAAACCCAGAUAAAAUGUAUUGUGUAACUAAUAUCCCUACUCUCCUCUCCUCUCUCUCUCUCUGUAGCUAGGGUACUGUAGGCAGUGUAUACAUUUGUUUGAUUGUGGUUGACUAGGAGAGAUCACCCCUGCAGCUGUCUAGCUGUUGGGAUGGGGCCCUACUCUACUGUUCUCCCUACCCCCUGUGAUCGUGGAGCUCUGUGGCAUUCUCACACACGCGCUCACCCCCAUCUCACCCCCCUACUACGCACACACACAUACUCACUCACUCAACCCUUCUGCCUGUCACACUGCCUUGGAGCAAUGGAGUCGGAGCGAUCCGAAAGAGUUAGCGGCAUACACAUCAAGGAUUCCCUUGCUGUACAAGCGAAUCAGAGGAUUCUUGAGCAGCCGAGCAGUGCUCUGUCCCUCAGUGCUCACAGACCCUCCACGGGAACACUUGUACUGGCUCUGGGUCUGAGCUCAAACCUCAUAAAGGUUGGGCUAAUUUAUUCUGAACCCUCCCCUCUCCAGCCCCUCUACUCCCUGCCCCACCAGCGCUGCCUGCUAAAGAUUGGAUGCCCUCCUCAGCUGGAGUUAUUCUUUUUUAAAGGGGACAUCUUUUGAUUCAAAGCCAACAAGUGUCAUCGAGGAGAAGAGGCUGAGAUGGAGAAAUGCUGGUUUGCCUGGUUUUCCUCUUGGAUUAAAUGGAGAGCGGGACCCUGAAGCAGUGGAGACUCCACUCCACCCAGAGCAGCUCUCAGCUUCCAGCUUCUAGCUCAAUCCCAUGAAUCUAAUGAACAUACUACAAGUUCCAAACCCACUCUGUUCUGUUCUGCCACCAACGAGCUGAUUCGCUAGGAGACUGAUUUGCUUGGAGCCUGGGAUGCCAUUUCAAAGAGGGGUAAGAAACACACAAGAUCUAGAAACAGAACAACGGUUGGACGGCAGCGAGAGCAGCUAUAAUUAGCUGGAGAAAGCUGUGUGUACCUGCAGUAGUGUGAUCAGACCAAGCAGACAGGAGAGGAGGAUUCACUUCAAGGAUACUUAUUAUUGUAAUGCCCAGCCCAGUCAGGAGUGAGUAGAGGCACUACGGAUGACGAACUGGGAACCAUAAGGGUUAGACGCUGGACCAGGAGCAGGUGGGUCUGGGGUGUGUGUGUGUGUGUGUGUGUGUGUGUGUGUUUGGUAGUGAUCUGAGGUGUGAUGCUGAUGACCUGUGUGAAAAAGAGGGGGUCAGUGGAAACUGGGGUUUCAGCAUGUUCACAAACACACACAAACACACACACACACACACCUGCAUUACUGUGAUUUAUCUCGUAGUUCAAUAUACAUGUACUUUUUGCCAAUGUUUUAUUUGAUUAUUUUUUUUGUCUUACAUUAUGGUUGCAUUUUGAUUUAUCAGAUUAUACAGUAGCUACAGUACCUUUAAAUCUUGAUCAGUAUUUAGUGUGUGACUGGCUCUGUAUCCUGUUCACACACAGUUAAAGCAGGAGGUUUAGACUAAUGCAUCAGUGAUCUUCAGCCCAAAAUUACUAUUGGAGCAGUAGUUGGCCCGUGGCCAGCCUAGUGAAACAGCCUAGUGAUACAGCCUAGUGAUAGAGCCUAGUGAUACAGCCUAGUGAUACAGCCUAGUGAUACAGCCUAGUGAUACAGCCUAGUGAUACAGCCUAGUGAUACAGGCUAGUGAUAGAGCCUAGUGAUACAGCCUAGUGAUACAGCCUAGUGAAACAGCCUAGUGAUACAGCCUAGUGAUACAGGCUAGUGAUAGAGCCUAGUGAUACAGCCUAGUGAUACAGCCUAGUGAUACAGCCUAGUGAUACAGCCUAGUGAUAGAGCCUAGUGAUAGAGCCUAGUGAUACAGCCUAGUGAUACAGCCUAGUGAUACAGCCUAGUGAUACAGCCUAGUGAUAGAGCCUAGUGAUACAUUCUAGUGAUACAGGCUAGUGAUAGAGCCUAGUGAUACAGCCUAGUGAUACAGCCUAGUGAUACAGCCUAGUGAUACAGCCUAGUGAUAGAGCCUAGUGAUACAGCCUAGUGAUACAGCCUAGUGAUACAGCCUAGUGAUACAGCCUAGUGAUACAGCCUAGUGAUAGAGCCUAGUGAUACAGCCUAGUGAUACAGGCUAGUGAUAGAGCCUAGUGAUACAGCCUAGUGAUACAGCCUAGUGAUACAGCCUAGUGAUACAGCCUAGUGAUACAGCCUAGUGAUACAGCCUAGUGAUAGAGCCUAGUGAUACAGCCUAGUGAUACAGGCUAGUGAUAGAGCCUAGUGAUACAGCCUAGUGAUACAGCCUAGUGAUACAGCCUAGUGAUACAGCCUAGUGAUACAGCCUAGUGAUACAGCCUAGUGAUAGAGCCUAGUGAUACAGCCUAGUGAUACAGGCUAGUGAUAGAGCCUAGUGAUACAGCCUAGUGAUACAGCCUAGUGAUAGAGCCUAGUGAUACAGCCUAGUGAUACAGCCUAGUGAUACAGCCUAGUGAUACAGCCUAGUGAUACAGCCUAGUGAUAGAGCCUGGUCAUAAUCUUGUGCUAUCAACUGCUGUCCAAACACAGAUGAUUAACUCAUCCAUAUUGCAUAACGAACAGAGCUUUGUUUAGAAAAAUUGGGAGUAGCCUCCUCCACUCCACUCCUCUUCCCUGUGAUCUGGGGCUGACUGAGAGUGGCCGUCUCAGUGGUAGCUGGCUUGUCAGAUGUGCUGAAUGUAUAUUUAUAUACGCCUGCCUGGUUUAGCGAGGCUUGGGCUGUAAUGUCACAUGCGAUCAUUAUGUUAUCUGUUUAAUGGACUGAGGCUUGUCAUGACUCUGACAUCAGCCUACCCGAGCCUGGCCUGCAGUGGGUUUCUAUAGUGCUGCUGUUCAGCCUUACCUCACCAUUGUUGGGUUAUGUAUUGAUUUGGAAGCCAAUCAUUGCCAAUUAUCUGCAUCAGAACUAGGUUAGCUUUCAUGCUAACUUGUCUCAUUGUGUUGUGAGUAGAAAAGAAACCUGCCGUGUAGCCUGCCAAAGACUGAUGUAUUGUCAGUGUGUGUAUGGGAAAUCAGGUGGUUAACAAUGGAAAUGAGACAGUGUUUCAUAUCCAGGUCUACUUCAUGACUAAUGAAUAGUAAUUCAACUCUAGGAGGCCUAUUGUGGAGCAACAAUGGUAGUUGACUGGGAAGAGUAGUAGGUAACCUAAGGAGAGCCUUGCCCAUAGGAAGACUCACGCCCUCCUUUAGGAAGACUCACCCCCUCCUUUAGGAAGACUCACGCCCUCCUUUAGGAAGACUCACGCCCUCCUUUAGGAAGACUCACCCCCUCCUUUAGGAAGACUCACCCCCUCCUUAAGGAAGACUCACGCCCUCCUUUAGGAAGACUCACCCCCUCCUUUAUGGAGACUCACGCCCUCCUUUAGGAAGACUCACGCCCUCCUUUAGGAAGACUCACGCCCUCCUUUAGGAAGAUUCACCCCCUCCUUUAGGAAGACUCACCCCCUCCUUUAGGAAGACUCACCCCCUCCUUUAGGAAGACUCACGCCCUCCUUUAGGAAGACUCACUCCCUCCUUUAGGAAGAUUCACGCCCUCCUUUAGGAAGACUCACACCCUCCUUUAGGAAGACUCACGCCCUCCUUUAGGUAGACUCACGCCCUCCUUUAGGAAGACUCGCGCGAAAUGGAACAAUAGCCAAGGGAAAACUCUAUAAGGAUGUCACUCCUCUUCUUUCCCAGCCUAUUCUACUGUUUUCUGCACUCUAGGCCCAGUGUCACCAAACCAAAUUAAUUUCUGUCAUGUUCUCCCUGAGAGGAUAGGUAUGAGAAAUAUAGUAAAAGCUACACCUUGCCAUCUUGCUUACUCCUAUCCAAUUCUCUCAGAUCUAGUGCCCUGGAGAUCCAUUGAGAUUGGGUGGAGGACUCCCUCCCUCUGUUCUUACUAAUUAGUGAUCUCUCUCUCUCUCUCUCUCUCUCUCUCUCUCUCUCUCUCUCUCUCUCUCUCUCUCUCUCUCUCUCUCUCUCUCUCUCUCUCUCUCUCUCCAGCGUGGCUGUGACUCGUUCCAGGGACGUGCCCUCCUUUGGCCCCCCUAUCCCCAAGGGCGUGACCUUCCCCAAGUCCAGCGUCUUCAGGGACUUCCUGCUGGCCAAGGUUAUCAACGCCGAGAACGCCGCCCACAAGUCUGAGAAGUUCGGUGCCAUGGCGACACGCACACGACAGGAGUACCUGCGGGACCUGGCAGAACGUCACGUGACCGGCACGCCGGUGGAGCCCACAGGGAAAUUCCCCUUCAUCUCAUUGGCUCACAAGCGCAGAGAGAGGGUGCGGCCAUACAGCGGGGCGGAGCUACGGAGCCUGGGGGCGGUGACAUGGCCGGUGCAUGCAGAGGACCAGGUAGCCGGGGCAGAGAGGGAGUGUCUACUGGCCAUCUCCAAUGACUUCCUCAUCCUAUUGGACCAGGAAGCCAAGGCCGUGGUCUUCAACUGCGCCACGCGCGACGUCAUUGGCUGGUCCUCGGGCAGCCACGCCUCCAUGAAGAUCUACUAUGAGCGUGGGGAGAGCGUGUCGCUGCGCUCCAUCAACAACAACACGGAGGACUUUGGAGAGGUGGUCAAACGCCUGGAGGUCAGUAGCAGCACAGUUAGUCAAGCCAGAUAAGAUAUUUUAAUCACUAACAAAUGUGUUAUAAUGAAUACAUCUCUAAUCUCCACCUCUGACUAUCCAUUAUGUUCAAAGGAGAUACGGUAUAGCACUCAGCAUUGUGGUGAAAUAGCCAGUGUGACCUUAUUUGGAGAGGUAGUGUAAUCAUUCACAUGAGAUUAGGCAAUGCCAGUUGUCUUCAAUGAAAGAUUAACGCUGUUUGCUAAGGCUUAUUUCAUGUUUGUGUUUAGUUAGUGUGUGUGUUCAAGCCAUACCCUUUCUUGUGGGAAAGCAGAGGCAUCAUCAGCGUUGUAGCAUAACAUCCUGCUCUGGCUCUGUUGUGGUUGCCUGGAGCUCUAUGUUAAGUAUUAUGUUACAAACUCUUUUCACCUGACACUGGUUCAGAAGGGCCAGGCAGGGUUACUACCAGUGUCUCCUUAAACACUCACCCCUGUACACAAACACUUUAAUUGAAGGGUGCUGCAUCCGCUGAUGAUAGAUUCAAUCUGUGCUGGCGUGUGUCUGUGCCUGGCAUGUGUAUCAGAUCUUUGCCAUGGGGCACAUUUGGGGUUAUAUGGUGUGCUUUACAGUAGCAGCCAACAGAAUAGUUAAGAUUAAAAGAUUCAGACUUCAGCCAACAUUGUCUGUCUUUUGAUUUAGAGGAUUCUUAUGCUUUGUAGUAAAAACUCUUUCCUCACUUAUCCACCUCUUCCUCCUACCCCUCCUGUCUCCUCCUCCUCCUCAUUUUACAUGUUUACAUUUUAGUCAUUUAGCAGAUGCUCUUAUCCAGAGCGACUUACAGUUAGUGAGUGCAUACAUUUUCAUACUUGCCCCCCGUGGGAAACGAACCCACAACCCUGGCGUUGCAAGCGCCAUGCUCUACCAACCUCCUCUCCUGUCUGUCCCUAGCUUCUGACGAAGGGCAGCCAGACCACAGAGAUGAUCCUGAGGAGGAACGGUCUGGGCCAGCUGGGCUUCCAUGUGAACUUUGAGGGCAUCGUAGCGGAGGUCGAGCCCUAUGGGUACGCCUGGCAGGCAGGGCUGCGCCAGGGCAGCAGGCUGGUAGAGAUCUGUAAGGUGGCCGUGGCAUCGCUGUCCCACGAGCAGAUGAUUGACCUGCUGAGGACCUCUGUCACCGUCAAGGUGGUCAUCAUCCCCCCGCACGAGGACUCCACCCCUCGCAGGUACAGCUCAUAGACAGCCAAUCAUCUAUCAUCAACAGAUAUGCCCCUCCAUCAGUCAUAUCAGUAGCAUGCAUUUGGGUACUUGGGCAGCAUUGCAGUGUUUUUAGUGUAUAUUUCUGUUUCCUCUCACAGAGGCUGUUCAGAGCUGUACCACAUGCCCCUGGUGGACUAUAAGAACCACAAGGAGGGGAUGCCCUAUGAGUUUAAAUUCCCCUUCCGCAGCAACAACAACAAUAAGUGGCCCCGCACCUCCUCCAGCACCCAGAGCCGCACCACAGGGGCCCUGGGGGGGACGCUCAUCAAGGCCCCGGCUUCAGACUACCAAGACUGUGCCGGAGUCAUCCCUCGCAGUGUGUCCAGCGACGGGCGCCCUCUCAACCCCAAAAGGUAAGAGAGCCACCCCAGCUAUUGAUAUGAUAAAUAGGAGGGAAGGUGUACAAGCUUUAAGCUUAGUGGUGGAUAGUGCUGAGCGAUUAGUGCUUUUUGAGGUUGGUUCGGUUUCGGUUAGGUUUUUGAAAAAUAAUCAAAUUUUCAAUUUCGGUUUCAAUUUUUUUGGAACAAUAAAUGCAUUAUGUGGGUUCAAUACUAUAACAACACAGAAUAAAACAAUUGAUAGUAGUGACUGCCCAUUACUUUCACUUAUGAGUCUCUAACCAUCAUUUAUUCAUAUUACUUUACUUAAAUAAUAUAUUUUGGUUGUGUGUACUACAUAUUUGUUUUUAGUAUAAUUAUGACUUUAUUAUUAAAUUAAUAAAACCCCAAUGAAGGUAGUGACUGCUCAUUACUGCAUAUCACUUAUUAAUUAACCAUACUUUAUUAACAUUGCUUUACUUAAAAGAAAUUAUAAUGUGUUUGAUGACUUACUAUUUAAUUCCAAGUCAUCUUCUCAUAUCUGCUCAGACAGUAGCAACCAGCCAGCCAUGUGUCUCUGUGCUCCCCAAAGAGACAUCCUUCAGGCUACUAGGCUAGUCUAGCUGGCUAGCUGUCUGUUGUCUGACAAAAUCACUAUUUCAGUAGUUCUUCAAAGUAGACAAGCCAUACUUUUAAGGCCGCUAAAUAACAACUACACUACAUGACCAAAAGUUUGUGGAUACAUGCUCGUCAAACAUCUCAUUCCAAAAUCAUGGGCAUUAGUAUGGAGUUGGUCUCCCCUUUGCUGCUAUAACAGCCUCCACACUUCUGGGAAGGCUUUCCACUAUAUGUUGGAACAUUGCUGCGGGGACUUGCUUCCAUUCAGCCACAAGAGCAUUAGUGAGGUCGGGCACUGAUGUUGGGCGAUUAGGCCUGACUCGCAGUCGACGUUCCAAUUCAUCCCAAAGGUGUUUGAUGGGGUUGAGGUCAGGACUCUGUGCAGGCCAGUCAAGUUCUUCCACACCGAUCUCGAUAAACCAUUUCUGUAUGGACCUCGCUUUGUGCACGGGGGCAUUGUCAUGAAACAGGAAAGGGCCUUCCCCAAACGGUUGCCACAAAGUUGGAAGCACAGAAUUGUCUAGAAUGUCAUUGUGUGCUGUAGCGUUAAGUUUUCCCUUCACUGGAACUAAGGGGCCUAGCCAGAACCAUGAAAAACAGCCCCAGACCAUUAUUCCUCCUCCAACAAACUUUACAGUUGUAACUAUGCAUUGGGGCAGGUAGUGUUCUCCUGGCAUCCGCCAAACUCAGAUUUGUCCAUCAGACUGCCAGAUGGUGAAGCGUGAUUCAUCACUCCAGAGAACGCGUUUCCACUGCUCCAGAGUCCAAUGGCGGCGAGCUUUACACCACUCGAGCCAACACUUGGAAUUGCGCAUGGUGAUCUUAGGCUUGUGUACAGCUGCUCGGCCAUGAAACCCAUUUUAUGAAGCUCCCGACGAACAGUUAUUGUGCUGACGUUGCUUCCAGAGGCAGUUUGGAACUAGGUAGUGAGUGUUGCAACCGAGGACAGACCAUUUUUAUGCGCUAUGCGCUUCAGCACUCGCCGGUCCCGUUCUGUGAGCUUGUGUGGCCUACCACUUCGUGGCUGAGCCGUUGUUGCUCCUAGAUGUUUCCAUUUCACAAUAACAGCACUUAUAGUUGACCUGUGCAUCUCUAGCAGGUCAGAAAUUUGACUGACUUGUUGGAAAGGUGGCAUCCUAUGAUGGUGCCACAUUGAAAGUCACUGAGCUCUUCAGUAAGGCCAUUCUACUGCCAAUGUUUGUCUAUGGAGAUUGCAUGGCUGUGUGCUCGAUUUUAUACACCUGUCAGCAACGGGUGUGGCUGAAAUUGCCAAAUCCACUAAUUUGAAGGGGUGUCCACAUACUUUUGUAUAUAUAGUGUAGCUAACAACCACUCUCUAUCCCUCUGGUGUCUCUAUCGCUCUUCCUCUCAGUGUCUGUCUGUCUGCCGGCCCAACAGACUUGCCCGGCAAGAACCAAUGAGAACAGGCAGCUGUAGGCUCAAUGGAUGCUAGUCAUUGUAGUUAAUUACCACGUUUUCUGCGCUUAAAGGAAAAUUCCACCCAAAAACUAUAUUUUGGUAUUUGUUUCAUUAGUCCAUUGUUGACAUAUAGUCCCAAAAUGUUUUGCAUGUCAGCAAUCAAGUUUUCAAGAUAUAUACAUUUCAAAAUACAGAAAUACAGCCGGUAUGAUUGCUGACAUGCAAAACAUUUUGGGACUAUAUCAACAAUGGACUAAUGAAACAAAUACCAAAAUAUAGUUUUCCUUUACAUUUCGGUUAAUUGCUCAGCACUAGUGGUGGAAUCGUUAUGCUUCCUUUCUUUCUGUCAUUCAACAUAUUGAAAUAACCUAAACGAUAACUCCAUAUGUGUGUUGGUAUGGAUCCCUCCCUCAGGUAUUCCCCAGGGAAUGAUAACUAUGCCCUGGCCUGUUCCAUCGUGAUGGGCCGCUCUCCACACACCAGCAACUCCCCCAACAGUCUCUCCUACACAGACACCGGGAGUGCAAGCUCCAACCACUGCAGACAGAAGUCCAUGCCAGACGGGUGAGAGGUUACUCAGCCCGGAACAAACCUGGGCCAAUCUAAGGCUACAUUCAGACCAUACCCAGAUCAUACACAGACCCAAAUUCGCUGCAGGGUUUCGCUUUAAUUGCUUUAUUUCCAGAUGUAGUCUGCAUUUACUUUAAUGACUACUUCGGGAGUUAUCCAACAACAGAAAGGAAAUGACUCAAAUAUAAUGAUAUGUUGUAAUGACUGAUAUGUUGUACUCUCCAAGACUUAAACUACUCCUGUUUUGUUCAGUAAAUGAUGCAGCUAGACAUAAUGCCCUCUUCUUCCAUCUCUUUUCCAGGUUUAACAACAAUAACCGUCACUCCCCUGUGUCUGCUGAGCGUCAGGGAGUUGGAGAAGUGGCUAACGGGACUAAGCCUGCCCCCGGAUGGCCCCGAGAGGGGGAGGGGGCCAACAGGGGAGCCGAGAGAGCCACAACAGGUAAGAGGACAUGCUUUAGAAAAUGCCCAUGUCAUGUCUGGUGUUUUGGGUGAUGCAGAGGAUGAGAGUCAGAGACAGGACUACCUCUCUAUGUUACUCAUUUUGUUAUCUGGUUGUCUCAUUCCUCUGUUUGCUCCUUUCCCUCCCAGACCCAGCUGUCUCCAAGGCUGCAGUACCUCGUCUACAGGAGCAGGGGGGACACCUUUCCCCCAACAAGAACAUCAAGGUCAGGUAGCAGGCUCAGAUAUGACCAAAUAUGUAUUUUAAGGUUUAGUGAAGAGGCUGUAGUGGAUAGACAUAGGAAUAUAGCUAGCUUGGCAAUGAUUGUUGUCUAUGUUAAAGUAGUCUUUAUUUACUGUGGUCAAACAACCAGGAAGUGACUGUAUGGUCUCUGUCUCUACAGGUGGAAGCUUCCUACUCCUCCAGCCAAUCAGGCAGUAACACACUGUCCAGUAACGCCUCCAGCUCCACCCACAGUGAUGAGAAGUGGUAUGAGAUUGGCUCCAGCAGGACGGGGGUGCGGCCUGACUCAGAGCUUAACAGCUACCUGCAGGGGGCGUCCACAGACAGCGGCAUCGACGCUACCUCUUACGGGGCCUCAGGGUCCGGGGGCUCCAGGGCCAAAGAGCGGCGGGCCCCAGAGACCUCUCCUUCAGCCCCAGACUCCCCCGGACCCCCAGGAAGCAGCGAGGACCCAGCCCAGAGCCCCCCUGUGUUCCCCCCAGCCCCGGACAGUGGCUCCUACACCCUCAGUGAUGCUGCGUCCCACUCCAGGUGUGUGCCUCCCUGUGUUGUGCUACACUAGAGUUCUAUUACAGUCAGCUCUUUAUGCAGCCAAUAGGUUUCCUCUCACAUAUCAAUGUUUCAUUAAGCAGACAGUGAUGCAUUGUAGUCCAUAAAUAUCCCCUAUUGUCCCAGAUGGAAAACUCAGAAGCCUUGCAGUUUGGCGGUGAAAGAGGUAGCAAGCUGCAGUCUGCUGUGCGUGUGUGUCUGUGUUUCCCUGUGUGUCUCUGUGUGUGUGUGUGUGUGCGUGCGUGUUUGUGUGAGCCAGGUUCUCACAGAGAGAAAGAGAGCACUUGAAACACUGAGGAAUGCUGAAUGUGAGAGCUCAGCACUGUUAACACUCUAAACCACCGUUACUUUGAGUGAACAGAGGCUUUCCUCCUCUCAGUCUUUCCUCAGCCUCUCCUCUGUGGCCCUGAAAUAGCUCCAGCACCACCAGACUAGUGACUUUGUUUUACACACAGCAUGUCUGAGGAGGGAGACGCUCGCUUUCAUGACAAACUGGGGAGGAAUAUUGUUUGAAAUGUUAAAGUAAAAGAAAUCCAAGGACACUGUGACCUAUUUAUUACUAUCAUCUCAGAUGUGGAAAUAUCAGAAAUGUAGUGUGUUGGGGAAAGUAGCCAAAAGUACCAGGUGUUUUUGAAAUAGUUUUUAAACUGAGUUUACAGAAAUGUGUUCAUAAUUUAGAUAAGUGCACAUUACAGAAAUGUACACUACCAGUCAAAAGUUUGGAAACACCUACUCAUUCAAGGGUUUUUCUUUAUUUCUACAAUUUUUUACAUUGUAGAAUAAUAGUGAAGACAUCAAAACUAUGAAAUAACACAUAUGGAAUCAUGUAGUAACCAAAAAAGUGUUAAACAAAUCAAAAUAUAUUUUAUAUUUGAGAUUCUUCAAAUAGCCACCCUGUGCCUUGAUGACAGCUUUGCACACUCUUGGCAUUCUCUCAACCAGCUUCACCUGGAAUGCUUUUCCCACAGUCUUGAAGGAGUUCCCACAAAUGCUGAGCACUUGUUGGCUGCUUUUCCUUCACUCUGCGGUCCGACUCAUCCCAAACCAUCUCAAUUGGGUUGAGGUCGGGGGAUUGUGGAGGCCAGGUCAUCUGAUGCAGCACUCCAUCACUCUCCUUUUUGGUAAAAUAUCCCUUACACAGCCUGAAGGUGUGUUGGGUGAUUGUCCUGUUGAAAAACAAAUGAUAUUCCCACUAAGCCCAAACCAGAUGGGAUGGCGUAUCGCUGCAGAAUGCUGUGGUAGCCAUGCUGGUUAAGUGUGCCUUGAAUUCUAAAUAAAUCACAGACAGUGUCACCAGAAAAGCACCCCCACACCAUAACACCUCCACCUCCAUGCUUUACGGUGGGAAAUAUACAUGCAGAGAUCAUCCGUUCCCGCACACCGUUCUCACAAAGAUACGGUGGUUUGAACAAAAAAUCUCCAAUUUGGACACCAGACCAAAGGAAAGAUUUCCAGCGGUCUAAUGUCCAUUGCUCGUGUUUCAUGGCCCAAACAAGUCUCUUCUUCUUAUUGGUGUCCUUUAGUAGUGGUUUCUUUGCAGCAAUUCGACCAUGAAGGCCUGAUUCACACAGUCUCCUCUGAAUAGUUGAUGUUGAGAUGUGUCUGUUACUUGAACUCUGUGAAGCAUUUAUUUGGGCUGCAAUUUCUGAGGCUGGUAACUCUAAUGAACUUAUCCUCUGCAGCAGAGGUAACUCUGGGUCUUCCAUUCCUGUGGCGGUCCUCAUAAGAGCCAGUUUCAUCAUAGCGCUUGAUGUUUUUUGUGACUGCACUUGAAGAAACUUUCAAAGUUCUUGAAAUGUUCCGUAUUGACUGACCUUCAUGUCUUAAAGUAAUGAUGGACUGUCGUUUCUCUUUGCUUAUAUGAGCUGUUCUUGCCAUAAUUAUUUCUUACCAAAUAGUGCUGUCUUCUGUAUAACCCCCCCCCCCCCCACCCACCUUGUCACAACACAACUGAUUGGCUGAAACGCAUUAAGAAGGAAAGAAAUUCCACAAAUUAACUUUUAAGAAGGGACACCUGUUAAUUUAAAUGCAUUCCAGGUGACUACCUCAUGAAGCUGGUUGAGAGAAUGCCAAGCUGGUUGAGAGAAUGCCAAGAGUGUGCAAAGCUGUCAUCAAGGCAAAGGGUGGCUAUUUGAGGAAUCUCAAAUAUAAAAUACAUGUUGAUUUGUUUAAGACUUUUUUGGUUACUACAUGAUUCCAUAUGUGUUAUUUCAUAGUUUUGAUGUCUUCACUAUUAUUCUACAAUGUAGAAAGUAGUAAAAAUAAAGAAAAACCCUGGAAUUAGUAGGUGUGUCCAAACUUUUGACUGGUACUGUAUAUAAAUAUAAUUAAGCAAUAAGGCACAAGGGGGUGUGGUACAGUGCCUUGCAAAAGUAUUCAUCCCCCUUGGCGUUUUUCCUAUUUUGUUGCAUUACAACCUGUAAUUUAAAUUGAUUUUUAUUUGGAUUUCAUGUAAAAUAGUCCGAAUUGGUGAAGUGAAAUGAAAAAAAUAACUUGUUUCAAAACAUAACGGAAAAGUGGUGCGUGCAUAUGUAUUCACCCCCUUUGCUAUGAAGCCCCUAAAUAAGAUCUGGUGCAACCAAUUACCUUCAGAAGUCACAUAAUUAGUUUAAUAAAGUCCACCUGUGUGCAAUCUAAGUGUCACAUGAUCUGAGUAUAUAUACACCUGUUCUGAAAGGCCCCAGAGUCUGCAACUCCACUAAGCAAGGGGCACCACCAAGCGGCACCAUGAAGACCAAGGAGCUCUCCAAACAGGUCAGGGACAAAGUUUUAGAGAAGUACAGAUCAGGGUUGGGUUAUAAAAAAAUAUCAGAAACUUUGAACAUCCCACGGAGCACCAUUAAAUCCAUUAUUUAAAAAAUGGAACAAAUAUGGCACCACAACAAACCUGCCAAGAGAGGGCCGCCAACCAAAACUCACAGACCAGGCAAGGAGGGCAUUAAUCAGAGAGGCAACAAAGAGACCAAAGAUAACCCUGAAGGAGCUGCAAAGCUCCACAGCGGAGAUUGGAGUAUCUGUCCAUAGGACCACUUUAACCCAGACACUCCACAGAGCUGGGCUUUACGGAACAGUGGCCAGAAAAAAACCAUUGCUUAAAGAAAGAAAUAAGCAAACACUUUUGGUGUUCGCCAAAAGCGAUGUUGGAGGCUCCCCAAACAUAUGGAAGAAGGUACUCUGGUCAGAUGAGACUAAAAUUGAGCUUUUUGGCCAUCAAGAAACCCAACACCUCUCAUCACCCCGAGAACACCAUCCCCACAGUGAAGCAUGGUGGUGGCACCAUUAUGCUGUGGGGAUGUUUUUCAUCGGCAGGGACUGGGAAACUGGUCAGAUUUGAAGGAAUGAUGGAUGGCACUAAAUACAGGGAAAUUCUUGAGGGAAACCUAUUUCAGUCUUCCAGAGAUUUGAGACUGGGACGGAGGUUCACCUUCCAGCAGGACAAUGACCCUAAGCAUACUGCUAAAGCAACACUCAAGUGGUUUAAGGGGAAACAUUUAAAUGUCUUGGAAUGGCCUAGUCAAAGUCCAGAUGUCACGCUCGUUUAAGGACGGGUCAGACCACGGCGCAGCGUGAAAUGCAUACAUGUUUAUUUAAACGAUAAAGACACGAACAAAACAACAAACCAACGUAACGUGAAGUCCUCAGGCUAAACACAAAACAAGCCUACACACGGAACAAGAUCCACAACCCAUGAUUGCCAAUAGGCUACCUAAGUAUGAUCCCCAAUCAGAGACAACGAGCGACAGCUGCCUCUGAUUGGGAAUCACACCCGGCCAAACAUAGAACUACACAACCUAGAAUGCAACAUAGAAAUACUAACAUAGAAUAUCCACACCCUGACUCACCAUACAAGAGUCCCAUGAGUCAGGGUGUGACAGUACCCCCCCCCCCCCCCCCCCCCCCCCAAGGUGCGGACUCCGACCGCACCAACCUGACAUAACAGGGAAGGGUCCGGGUGGGCAUUCCGCCUCCCCGUUACGCCCCUGGUCUGGUCUGGACCUAGGCGCGCUGCUUCCCCUCUCCUUCCUCCCACGAUGUACCAAGCCCUGUCUGGACCCUGGUGUGGGAGACCCCAAACCUGAACCUCGAACCUCGAGCGGACUGCUCUGGCUCCGGACUGGAGCCGCUGACCGGAGCUGGACUCAGCACCGGUGGAGCGGACUGCUCUGGCUCCGGAGUGGAGCAGCUGACCGGAGCUGGACUGGACCCCGGUGGAGCGGACUGCUCUGGCUCCGGAGUAGAGCAGCUGACCGGCGCUGGACUGGAUCCCAGUGGGGCGGACUGCUCUGGCUCCGGAGUGGAGCAGCUGACCGGAGCUGGAUCAGGCACCGGUGGAGCGAACUGCUCUGGCUCCGGACUGGAGCAGCUGACCGGUGCCGGACCAGGCACCGGUGGAACGGGCACGGGCCGUGCCGGACUGGACACACGCACCACUGGUCUGGUGCGGGGAGCAGGUACGGGGCGUACAGGGCUGGCGACACGCACUACCAGCUUGGUGCGGGGAGCAGGCACGGGCCGUACCGGACUGGGAACACACACCACUGGCUUGGUGCGGGGAGCAGGAACGGGCCGGGCCGGACUGUGAACACGCACCACUGGCUUGGUGCGGGGAGCAGGAACGGGCCGGGCCGGACUGGGGACACACACCACUGGCUUGGUGCGGGGAGCAGGUACGGGUCGUACCGGGCUGGCGACACGCACCACUGGCUUGGUGCGGGGAGCAGGUACGGGGCGUACCGGGCUGGCGACACGCACCACCAGCUUGGUGCGGGGAGCAGGCACGGGCCAUACCGGACUGGGAACACGCACCACUGGCUUGUUGCGAGGAACAGGAACAGGCCAGGCCGGACUGUGGAGGCGGACUGGAGGUCUGGAGCGGAGAGCUGGCACAACCCGUCCUGGCUGGAUGCCUACUUCCGCACAGUACGUGUGUGGCAUUAGCACAGGACGCACUGGGCUGUGCACGCGCACUGGCGAUACAGUACGUAGAACCGGCGCAGGAUAUGCGGGACCGAGGAGGCGUACUGGAGACCAGGAGCGUUGAGCCGCACAACCCGUCCUGGCUGGAUGCCCAUUUUCUACGGCACGUGCGUGGUGCUAGCACAGGACGUACAGGACUGUGCCGGCGCACUGGCGACACAGUACGUAGCUCCACAUAACACGGAGCCUGCCCAGUCACACGCUUCCUAGCGUGAGUACGGGGAGUUGGCUCUGCUCUGAACCUAGGCUCCGCCAACCACCCUGUGUGACCCCCCCAAUUUUUUUUAUUGGGGCUGCUUCUCGUGCUUCCUCCUCGACCGGCACCCUCUGUGUUGCCGUUGCUCCUCUCCUGCCUGGGCAGCUACCUUCGCCCAUGGUCCUUUCCCUGCAAAUAUCUCCUCCCAAGACCACAUCUCCAGGGUGUUUGCCCCUCCUGGGCACGCUGCUUGGUCCGUGUUUGGUGGGAUCUUCUGUCACGCUCGUUUAAGGACGGGUCAGACCAUGGUGCAGCGUGAAAUGCAUACAUGUUUAUUUAAACGAUAAAGACACGAACAAAACAACAAACCAACGUAACGUGAAGUCCUCAGGCUAAACACAAAACAAGCCUACGCACGGAACAAGAUCCCACAACCCAUGAUUGCCAGUAGGCUACCUAAGUAUGAUGGGGGGUUGAAUAGUUAUGCAUGCUCAAGUUUUCAGUUUUUUUGUCCUAUUUCUUGUUUGUUUCACAAGAAAAAAUAUUUUGCAUCUUCAAAGUGGUAGGCAUGUUGUGUAAAUCAAAUGAUACAACCCCCCCAAAAAUCUAUUUUAUUUCAGGUUGUAAGGCAAGAAAAUAGGAAAAAUGACAAGGGGGUGAAUACUUUCGCAAGCCACUGUAUAUGGCCAAUAUACCAUGGCUAAGGGCUGUUCUUAAGCACGAUGCAACACGGAGUGCCUGGAUACAGCCCAUAGCCGUGGUGUUUUGGCCAUAUACUACAAACCCAUGAGGUGCCUUAUUGCUAUUAUAAACUGGUUACAAACGUAAUUAGAACAGUACAAAAUAAAUGUUUUGUCAUACCCGUGCUAUAUUGGCUCAUAUACCACGUCUUUCAGCCAAUCAGCAUUCAGGGCUCGAAUCACCCAGUUUAUAAAUAUACCUAUACUAGCUGUUUGUUUUUCUUCCCAGUACCCUGAGCUCGGGCCACUCGGGCAGUCCCAUGGGUACAGGCUGUAGCCCCAGCUCCUCCCAGGAGGAGUCAGCCCUGACCACCUCCCCCACAUCCGAGACUUCCCUCUCCCCUGGAGCCCCCAAAAGCUUCUAUCCCCGCCAGGGAGCCACCUCCAAGUUCCUUAUCGGCUGGAGGAAGCCGGGAGGCACCAUCAACUCUGUGGACUUUGGCAACAAACGCAAGUGAGCAUGGGGGGAAAUAGAGAAGGAAUGUUGAACAUACAUGUGUUUAUUGAUACAUCAAUGAGGCCAUUACACUGUGAGUCUUGUUGUGAAAGGAUGUUAUUUCCCCAUACAAACAAAUCCUACUGUCCUAGAUUGUUGAUGUUAUAGAGGCUUAAGAUCUGAGUCAACUGAGAGGAGAUGCAUUUCCCACCUCCGUCAUGGCUCAUGUUUGUUUAUAAACAAGUGCAACACUCCCACCAUGUGGUUGAACUGAGAUCGGCACCGUAACACUGCUGGUCUUCGCUCUCCCUCUUCCUCAGACGUCACCAGAGUGAUGGGUUGCUGGCUGGCCAGCCCCAGCUCCGGGCCCAGCUCAGGGCCCAAUCCCCCCAGCGGGUCAACAAGUCCAACCUGCAGGAGGACCUGAAGAAACUCAUCACCCUAGACAGCCCCCCGCCCUCCUCCCAUGACCAAAAGGUAGCUGGCAGCACCAUCAUCCAUUUUACUAUGGAAGUUAUUGUCACAUUGAUGAGAAAUCACAUAGUUAAAAUUUGAAAUAUAUACACUACCGGUCAAAAGUUUUAGAACACCUACUCACUCAAGGGUUUUUCUUUAUUUUUACUAUUUUCUACAUUGUAGAAUAAUAGUGAAGACAUCAAAACUAUAAAAUAACACAUAUGGAAACAUGUAGUAACCAAAAAAGUGUUAAACAAGUCAAAAUAUAUUUUAUAUUUGAGAUUCUUCAAAUAGCCACCCUUUGCCUUGAUGACAGCUUUGCACACUCUUGGCAUUCUCUCAACCAACUUCACCUGGAAUGCUUUUCCAACAGUCUUGAAGGAGUUCCCACAUAUGCUGAGCACUUGUUGGCUGCUUUUCCUUCACUCUGCGGUCCGACUCAUCCCAAACCAUCUCAAUUGGGUUGAGGUCGGGGGAUUGUGUAGGCCAGGUCAUCUGAUGCAGCACUCCAUCACUCUCCUUCUUGGUAAAAUAUCCCUUACACAGCCUGAAGGUGUGUUGGGUCAUUGUCCUGUUGAAAAACAAAUGAUAGUCCCACUAAGGACAAACCAGAUGGUACGGCGUAUCGCUGCAGAAUGCUGUGGUAGCCAUGCUGGUUAAGUGUGCCUUGAAUUCUAAAUAAAUCACAGACAGUGACACCAGCAAAGCACCCUCACACCAUAACACCUCCUCCUUCAAGCUUUACGGUGGGAAAUACACUUGCGAAGAUCAUCUGUUCACCCACACCGCGUCUCACAAAGACACAGCGGUACAGCGGUUGGAACCAAAAUCUCCAAUUUGGACUCCAGACCAAAGGACAAAUUUCCACCGGUCUAAUGCCCAAACAAGUCUCUUCUUCUUAUUGGUGUCCUUUAGUAGUGGUUUCUUUGCAGCAAUUCGACCAUGAAGGCCUGAUUCACACAGUCUCCUCUGAACAGUUGAUGUUGAGAUGUGUCUGUUACUCGAACUCUGUGAAGCAUUUAUUUUCUGAGGACGGUAACUCUAAUUAACUUAUCCUCUGCAGCAGAGGUGACUCUGGGUCCUCAUGAGAGCCAGUUUCAUCAUAGCACUUGAUGGUUUUUGCGACUGCAUUUGAAGAAACUUUCAAAGUUCUUGAAACUUUCCGUAUUGACUGACCUUCAUGUCUUCAAGUAAUGAUGGACUGUCGUUUCUCUUUGCUUAUAUGAGCUGUUCUUGCCAUAAUAUGGACUUGGUCUUUUACCAAAUAGGGCUAUCUUCUGUAUACCGUCCCCCCCUACCUUGUCAAAACACAACUGAUUAGCUCAAACGCAUUAAGAAGGAAAGAAAUUCCACAAAUUAACUUUUAACAAGGCACACCUGUUAAUUGAAAUGCAUUCCAGGUGACUACCUCAUGAAGCUGGUUGAGAUAAUGCCAAGAGUGUGCAAAGCUGUCAUCAAGGCAAAGGUUGGCUAUUUGAAGAAUCUCAAAUAUAAAAUAUAUUUUGAUUUAUUUAACACUUUUUCGGUUAAUUCGUGAUUCCAUAUGUGUUAUUUCAUAAUUUUGAUGACUUCACUAUUAUUCUACAAUGUAGAAAAUAGUAAAAAAUUAAGAAAAACCCUUGAAUGAGUAGGUGUUCUAAAACCUUUGACCGGUAGUGUAUAAAAAACGUAUUCAAGAGUAGUUGAUAUGAGUAUUUGCUUGAUUAAUCCAAACUCCCUUCCCUGCUUCGCCAGGUAAACUCUGCAACAUGCUAAAGGCUGAGUGUAUAGGUCAAUCAGCAGCCUCACGGUGCUCCUCUAUCUCCCCCUCACUCUCUCCAGCCCUCAUUCCCCGCCCCCCCGCCCACCCGCCGCUCCCUGCAGAGGACCCUGUCAGACGAGAGCAUCUACAGCGGGCAGCGGGAGCCCUCGUACAGCGGGCCCAGAGAGACGCCCAACGACCUGCUCUUCAGCUGCUCCACAUUGCCCCGCUCACCCACCGCCCGCCACGCGCCACCCAGACAACCCUCACACAAGUCUCUGGGUGAGCCUCAGAUUAUCCUGCAAGUUAUCCUUGAGUAAAGCCAAUGCCAUCUCAUCCUACAUGAGUUCCAUCUCAAACCAAGGGAGCGCGGUUUAUCCUAGAGGUGUUAUCAGAGUAAUGCCAUAACUCCUUAAGUGUGGGUAACCACAGAGUUAUGUGGAGUAUAAUUGGUCAUCUUUUUUAGUGCUUUAUUUGAUGAGAAAGUCUUCGGAUAUGUUGGGGCUCUGUUGUAAUCUGAUGUCUCUCCUCCCGCACUCCUCUCCCCUGCAGGUGACCUGUGUGAGUCGUCCAGCCAGGACCAGGGCUGCAGGAGGCAGCAGCUGGGGGACCCAGGCCUCAUGCCCCUACCUAACUCUGGAGCUGACUGCGCUCUGGAUUGGUCCAACCUGGUAGAUGCUGCCAAGGCCUUCGAGGGUAGGCAGAGUAAAGUAGAAAUGUACUACCUUUACCAGCAGAGGGCAGUGGCGCUCUGUCUCAUUGCUGUGUGUUGUCCAUCUGAGCUGUGACUGAAGCUGUAACUGUUCUGUUUUUCUCUGGCUUUGCAGUUCAGAGACUGUUAUCUGUAAAUGAUGAAAGCUCCAGGCCAGAGGUCACAGACACCAGCCCCCAGCAGGCAGAACCCCAGGCUGCCCCACAGACACACCCCUCGCCUGGGUAAGACCCACUUACCAUGCACGUCCAGAGAAUUCUGUAGACAUACAGUACCAGUCAAAAGUUUGGAGACACCUAGUCAUUCAAGGGUUUUUCUUUAUUUUUUUACUAUUUUCUACAUUGUACAAUAAUAGUGAAGACAUCAAAACUAUGAAAUAACACAUGGAAUCAUGUAGUAACCAUCAAAGUGUUAAACAAAUCAAAAUAGACAAUGAGGGAAAAAAGUAUUUGAUCCCCUGCUGAUUUUGUAAGUUUGCCCACUGACAAAAGAAAUGAUCAGUCUAUAAUUUUAAUGGUAGGUUUAUUUGAACAGUGAGAGACAGAAUAACAACAAAAAAAUCCAGAAAAAUGCAUGUCAAAAUGUUAUAAAUUGAUUUGCAUUUUAAUGAGGGAAAUAAAGAAAAACCCUGGAAUGAGUAGGUGUGUCCAAACUUUGACUGGUACUGUAGGUAGGGCCAGGAGUUUAUCCUACAACUUGGGCACAGUUUUUCCUGGCCAGGUCACAUGGUUAGGAAAAACUCCUCUGACUAUUUUAAGCCAAUAUGCCCCAGGUCAUGCUAGUCUUGUUUUAGUUUAGAAUAUGGUAGUUAACAGUGUUUCCCCUCCCACAGUGAGAGCCCAGCCUGUCUGAUGGGGAAGGUGAGCCAGCUGGAGUCCAUGGUGAAGCUACUUCAGGACGACCUUAAUAAGGUGAGACAAGACACAACCAGUUCUCUAGCCUAGGCAUUUCUGUUCUUCUGUUCAGUUCUUACUAAUAAACCUUGUGCCCUUUCCCUAACAGGGGUUAGACCAGUAGAAAGAACAGUUGAAAGAGCAGGGCUGGGAAUUGCCAGGGACUUCACCAUACGAUAUUAUCAUGGUACUUAGGUGCCGAUGUGAUAUGGAUAACGAUUCUCACGAUUCUAUAUGUAUUGCAAUUCGAUACUGUGAUUUUAUUGCGAUUCGAUGUUCCAAACAUAUUGCUCACCAUAUUUCUGCUGCAGAGGGACAAGAGAGAGCCAUGAGAAAACGAGUUUUGCUCAGUCAUGGAAAUAAAAGUGCUGAAAACUAAUUGGCUCCCUAUUCAAAAAGAAGAUGGAGAACACAGAUUUUUGACGUACCGAUCCCAUGGCAUAGUUUUUGUGAACUGAUAUGCAAAACGACACCGGAUUCAAUUGUUCAAUUUAAAUUAUUAUAUAAAAUUCUUGCUACUAAUAGAAUGUUAUUUAUAUGGGGGAUACAAUCUUCCCAGCUCUGCAGAUUUUGCUGCGAAGAGACAGAAUCAUUAGAUCAUUUGUUUUGGUACUGUCCAUUUGUAGCUUGUUUUUGGACACAGGUCCAAGGAAUGGCUAAAGGAUUGCAAUAUUUACCUGGCGCUAACCCUGCAGAUAGCAUUACUGGGUGAUCUGAAAAGGCAGUCAAUCAAUCAAUAAUAUAAUAAUACUUUUACAAAAAUGUUUAUUUUCAAUUUACAAUCUGUAGAAACAAUGAGAAUAGAAAGGUUCAGAACAUUUGUAAAACAUCACAGUACAGUUGAAAAAUAUAUGGCAAAUAGAAAUCCAAUAUGGAUGAUGUUAAGAGAUAGAUGGAUAGUGUUGAAUGGAGUUGAAGGAUGGGACUAAUAACAACUAACAACAACUAAUAACAACAAGAUAACUAAUAAUGUAAGCAUACUGUGUCCAUAAUAAGUAUAUAGGUUAUAGGUUGAGAGCUUUUGUGAAAGAGCACAGUUAGAAGGAUAUGGCAUAUACACUGUGUGCACAAUUAUUAGGCAAGUUGUAUGAUUGAGGAUACAUUUUAUUAUUGAACAACUACAGUGCUCUCGGUCAAUCCAAAAUCUUAAUAAACCUCAAACCUGAAUAUUUAAGAAAGUAAAAGUGAGGUUUGGCUUUCUUUGGAGAAUAUCUAAGUGUGCAGAAUUAUUAUGCAACUAAAUGAAAAACGAAAAGUUCCCCAUCUCACUUGUUUAUUUUCAUCUGUUAAAGUGAGAAUAAUAAACAAACAACUAAAAAUGUACAAAUACACAUUUCUGACAUAAAAAAAAAAAAAAUCUGUGACCAAUAUAGCCACCAGUGUCUGGGAGUCUGUCAGUUUCUUGAUCUGUUGACGAUCAUGGUCUUCUUGAAAGAUCCAGACUUUUUCCUGUACCACUGCUUGAAGAAAGUGUCUUCUAAAAACUGGGAGUAGGUUUGGGAGUUGAGUUUGAGUCCAUCUUCAACCUGAAAAGGUCCAACUAGCUCAUCUUUAAUAAUACCAGCCCAUACCAGUACCCCACCUCCACCUUGCUGGCGUCUGAGUCGAAGUGGAGCUCCGUGCCCGUUACUGAUCCAGCCACGGGCCCAUCCAUCUGGUCCGUCAAGAGUCACUCUCAUCUCAUCAGUCCAUAAAACCUUUGAAAAAUCUGUCUUCAGAUAUUUCUUGGCCCAGUCUUGACGUUUCAACUUAUGUGUCUUGUUCAGUGGUGGUCGGGUUUCAGCCUUCCUUACCUUGGCCAUGUCUCUGAGCCCUGAACACCUUGUACUUCUGGGCACUCCAGGUAAAUCAAAUCAAAUCAAAUUUUAUUGGUCACAUGCGCCGAAUACAACAGGUGCAGACAUUACAGUGAAAUGCUUACUUACAGCCCUUAGGUUGCAGUUGCAGUACUGGAAUAUGACAGCACUGGAGGAUAAUGGGUUCCUGGUAGCUUCACGUUUGAUUCUUCUCAAAUCUUUCGCAGUUAAUUUGCAUCUUUUUUUCUCAACACGGCUCUUGCGACCCUGUUGACUAUUUGCAACAAAACAUUUGAUGGUUCUGUGAUCACGCCCCAAUAUCUUAGCAAUUUCAAGAGUGCUGCAUCCCUCUGAAAUACUUUUUACAAUUUUUGACUUUUCAGAGUCAGUUAAAUCUCUUUUUUGGCCCAUUUUGCCUGAGGAAAAGAAGCUGCCUAAUAAUUAUACACACCUUGAUAUAGGGUGUUGAUCUCCUUAGGCCACACCCUCCCUCAUUACACAAAUACACAUCACCUGAUAUGCUUAAAUCCAAUAAGCAUUCCAGUUUAUAUAGCUUGGAGUUGGGAAAUAUGCAUAAUAAUGAUGAUAUGGUCAAAAUACUGACUUGCCUAAUAAUUGUGCACACAGUGUAGAAGCAAACCGGAUGGACAUCAUGAAAAUGAUCAGAGAGGUUGAGGGUAGAGGAAGUUCAGGAGUAAAAACAAACAAAAUAUAAUUAUUGUAAAAUCGACUGUGUCCAUAAAAUGUAUAUUGUAUGUAUAAGCUGGAAGUAGAGGCCUAAGCAUUGUUGUUCACUAGUUUACUCCAAUUAGGGAAGGGGUGGUGGGGUUGGAAAGUAAUAAAGGGAAAUAUAUUUAAAAAAAGGAUAUGUAUAUGUAUGUGUAAAUAUAUAUAUAUAUAUACAGUGGGGGGAAAAAGUAUUUAGUCAGCCACCAAUUGUGCAAGUUCUCCCACUUAAAAAGAUGAGAGAGGCCUGUAAUUUAAAAAAACAUAGGUACACGUCAACUAUGACAGACAAAAUGAGAUUUUUUUUCUCCAGAAAAUCACAUUGUAGGAUUUUUUAUGAAUUUAUUUGCAAAUUAUGGUGGAAAAUAAGUAUUUGGUCAAUAACAAAAGUUUCUCAAUACUUUGUUAUAUACCCUUUGUUGGCAAUGACACAGGUCAAACGUUUUCUGUAAGUCUUCACAAGGUUUUCACACACUGUUGCUGGUAUUUUGGCCCAUUCCUCCAUGCAGAUCUCCUCUAGAGCAGUGAUGUUUUGGGGCUGUCGCUGGGCAACACAGACUUUCAACUCCCUUCAAAGAUUUUCUAUGGGGUUGAGAUCUGGAGACUGGCUAGGCCACUCCAGGACCUUGAAAUGCUUCUUACGAAGCCACUCCUUCGUUGCCCGGGCGGUGUGUUUGGGAUCAUUGUCAUGCUGAAAGACCCAGCCACGUUUCAUCUUCAAUGCCCUUGCUGAUGGAAGGAGGUUUUCACUCAAAAUCUCACGAUACAUGGCCCUAUUCAUUCUUUCCUUUACACGGAUCAGUCGUCCUGGUCCCUUUGCAGAAAAACAGCCCCAAAGCAUGAUGUUUCCACCCCCAUGCUUCACAGUAGGUAUGGUGUUCUUUGGAUGCAACUCAGCAUUCUUUGUCCUCCAAACACGACGAGUUGAGUUUUUACCAAAAAGUUAUAUUUUGGUUUAAUCUGACCAUAUGACAUUCUCCCAAUCCUCUUCUGGAUCAACCAAAUGCACUCUAGCAAACUUCAGACGGGCCUGGACAUGUACUGGCUUAAGCAGGGGGACACGUCUGGCACUGCAGGAUUUGAGUCCCUGGCGGCGUAGUGUGUUACUGAUGGUAGGCUUUGUUACUUUGGUCCCAGCUCUCUGCAGGUCAUUCACUAGGUCCCCCCGUGUGGUUCUGGGAUUUUUGCUCACCGUUCUUGUGAUCAUUUUGACCCCACGGGGUGAGAUCUUGCGUGGAGCCCCAGAUCGAGGGAGAUUAUCAGUGGUCUUGUAUGUCUUCCAUUUCCUAAUAAUUGCUCCCACAGUUGAUUUAUUCAAACCAAGCUGCUUACCUAUUGCAGAUUCAGUCUUCCCAGCCUGGUGCAGGUCUACAAUUUUGUUUCUGGUGUCCUUUGACAGCUCUUUGGUCUUGGCCAUAGUGGAGUUUGGAGUGUGACUGUUUGAGGUUGUGGACAGGUGUCUUUUAUACUGAUAACAAGUUCAAACAGGUGCCAUUAAUACAGGUAACGAGUGGAGGACAGAGGAGCCUCUUAAAGAAGAAGUUACAGGUCUGUGAGAGCCAGAAAUCUUGCUUGUUUGUAGGUGACAAAAUACUUAUUUUCCACCAUAAUUUGCAAAUAUAUUCAUUAAAAAUCCUACAAUGUGAUUUUCUGCAUUUUUUUUCUCAAUUUGUCUGUUAUAGUUGACGUGUACCUAUGAUGAAAAUUACAGGCCUCUCUCAUCUUUUUAAGUGGGAGAACUUGCACAAUUGGUGGCUGACUAAAUACUUUUUUUCCCCACUGUAUAUGUAUGUACAGUUGAAGCCGGAAGUUUACAUACACCUUAGCCAAAUACAUUUAAACUCAGUUUUUCACAAUUCCUGACAUUUAAGUAAAAAUUCCCGUUCAGUUAGGAUCACCACAUUAUUUGAAGAAUGUGAAAUGUCAGAAUAAUAGUAGAGAGAAUUAUUUAUUUCAGCUUUUAUUUCUUUCAUCACAUUCCCAGUGGGUCAGAAGUUUACAUACACUCAAUUAGUAUUUGGUAGCAUUACCUUUAAAUUGUUUAACUUAGGUCAAAUGUUUCGGGUAGUCUUCCACAAGCUUCCCACAAUAAGUUGGGUGGAUUUUGGCCCAUUCCUCCUGACAGAGCUGGUGUAACUGAGUCAGGUUUGUAGGCCUCCUUGUUCGCACAACCUUUUUCUGUUCUGCCCACACAUUUUCUAUAGGAUUGAGGUCAGGGUUUUGUGAUGGCCACUCCAAUACCUUGACUUUGUUGUCCUUAAGCCAUUUUGCCACAAUUUUGGAAGUAUGCUUGGGGUCAUUGUCCAUUUGGAAGACCCAUUUGCGACCAAGCUUUAACUUCCCGACUGAUGUCUUGAGAUGUUGCUUCAACAUAUCCACAUAAUUUUCCUUCCUCAUGAUCUAUUUUGUGAAGUGCACCAGUCCCUCCUGCAGCAAAGCACCCCCACAGCAUGAUGCUGCCACCCCCGUGCUUCAUGGUUGGGAUGGUGUUCUUCGGCUUGCAAGCAACUCCCUUUUUCCUCCAAACAUAACGAUGGUCAUUAUGGCCAAACAGUUCUAUUUUUGUUUCAUCAGACCAGAGGACAUUUCUCAAAAAAGUAUGAUCUUUGUCCCCAUGUGCAGUUGCAAACCGUAGUCUGACUUUUUUAUGGCGGUUUUGGAGCAGUGGCUUCUUCCUUGCUGAGCGGCCUUUCAGGUUAUGUCGAUAUAGGACUUGUUUUACUGUGGAUAUAGAUACUUUUGUACCUGUUUCCUCCAACAUCUUCACAAGGUCCUUUGCUGUUGUUCUGGGAUUGAUUUGCACUUUUCGCACCAAAGUACGUUCAUCUCUAGGAGACAGAACGCGUCUCCUUCCUGAGCGGUAUGACAGCUGCGUGGUCCCAUGGUGUUUAUACUUGCAUACUAUUGUUUGUACAGAUGAACGUUGUACCUUCAGGCAUUUGGAAAUUGCUCCCAAGGAUGAACCAGACUUGUGGAGGUCUACAAUUUUUUUUCUGAGGUCUUGGCUGAUUUCUUUUGAUUUUCCCAUGAUGUCAAGAAAAGAGGCACUGAGUUUGAAGGUAGGCCUUGAAAUACAUCCACAGGUACACCUCCAAUUGACUCAAAUUAUGUCAGUUAGCCUAUCAGAAGCUUCUAAAGCCAUCAUUUUCUGGAAUUUUCCAAGCUGUUUAAAGGCACAGUCAACUUAGUGUAUGUAAACGUCUGACCCACUGGAAUUGUGAUACAGUGAAUUAUAAGUGAAAUAAUCUGCCUGUAAACAAUUGUUGGAAAAAUUACUUGUGUCAUGCACAAAGUAGAUGUCCUAUCUGACUUGCCAAAACUAUAGUUUGUUAACAAGAAAUGUGUGGAGUGGUUGAAAAACAAGUUUUAAUGACCCCAACCUAAGUGUAUGUAAACUUCCGACUUCUACUGUAUGUAUAUAUGUAUGUAUGUAUGUAUGUAUGUAUAUAUACAGUGGGGAGAAGAAGUAUUUGAUACACUGCCUAUUUUGCAGGUUUUCCUACUUACAAAGCAUGUAGAGGUCUGUAAUUUAUCAUAGGUACACUUCAACUGUGAGAGACGGAAUCUAAAACAAAAAUCCAGAAAAUCACAUUGUAUGAUUUUUAAGUAAUUAAUUAGCAUUUUAUUGCAUGACAUAAGUAUUUGAUCACCUACCAACCAGUAAGAAUUCCAGCUCUCACAGACCUGUUAGAUUUUCUUUAAGAAGCCUCCUGUUCUCCACUCAUUACCUGUAUUAACUGCACCUGUUUGAACUCGUUACCUGUAUAAAAGACACCUGUCCACACACUCAAUUAAACAGACUCCAACCUCUCCACAAUGGCCAAGACCAGAGAGCUGUGUAAGGACAUCAGGGAUAAAAUUGUAGACCUGCACAAGGCUGGGAUGGGCUACAGGACAAUAGGCAAGCAGCUUGGUGAGAAGGCAACAACUGUUGGCGCAAUUAUUAGAAAAUGGAAGAAGUUCAAGAUGACGGUCAAUCACCCUCAGUCUGGGGCUCCAUGCAAGAUCUCACCUCGUGGGGCAUCAAUGAUCAUGAGAAAGGUGAGGGAUCAGCCCAGAACUACACGGCAGGACUUGGUCAAUGACCUGAAGAGAGCUGGGCCCACAGUCUCAAAGAAAACCAUUAGUAACACACUACGCCGUCAUGGAUUAAAAUGUCCAGGCCCGUCUGAAGUUUGCCAAUGACCAUCUGGAUGAUCCAGAGGAGGAAUGGGAGAAGUUAAUGUGGUCUGAUGAGACAAAAAUAGAGCUUUUUGGUCUAAACUCCACUCGCCGUGUUUGGAGGAAGAAGAAGGAUGAGUACAACCCCAAGAACACCAUCCCAACCGUGAAGCAUGGAGGUGGAAACAUCAUUCUUUGGGGAUGCUUUUCUGCAAAGGGGACAGGACGACUGCACCGUAUUGAGGGGAGGAUGGAUGGGGCCAUGUAUCGCGAGAUCUUGGCCAACAACCUCCUUCCCUCAGUAAGAGCAUUGAAGAUGGGUCAUGGCUGGGUCUUCCAGCAUGACAACGACCCGAAACACACAGCCAGGGCAACUAAGGAGUGGCUCCGUAAGAGGCAUCUCAAGGUCCUGGAGUGGCCUAGCCAGUCUCCAGACCUGAACCCAAUAGAAAAUCUUUGGAGGGAGCUGAAAGUCCGUAUUGCCCAGCGACAGCCCCGAAACCUGAAGGCUCUGGAGAAGGUCUGUAUGGAGGAGUGGGCCAAAAUCCCUGCUGCAGUGUGUGCAAACCUGGUCAAGACCUACAGGAAACGUAUGAUCACUGUAAUUGCAAACAAAGGUUUCUGUACCAAAUAUUAAGUUCUGCUUUUCUGCUGUAUCAAAUACUUAUGUCAUGCAAUAAAAUGCAAAUGAAUUACUUAAAAAUCAUACAAUCCGUCUCUCACAGUUGAAGUGUACCUAUGAUAAAAAUUACAGACCUCUACAUGCUUUGUAAGUAGGAAAACCUGCAAAAUCGGCAGUGUAUCAAAUACUUGUUCUCCCCACUGUAUACAGUGGGGGAAAAAAGUAUUUAGUCAGCCACCAAUUGUGCAAGUUCUCCCACUUAAAAAGAUGAGAGAGGCCUGUAAUUUUCAUCAUAGGUACACGUCAACUAUGACAGACAAAUUGAGAGAAAAAAUUCCAGAAAAUCACAUUGUAGGAUUUUUAAUGAAUUUAUUUGCAAAUUAUGGUGAAAAAUAAGUAUUUUGUCACCUACAAACAAGCAAGAUUUCUGGCUCUCACAGACCUGUAACUUCUUCUUUAAGAGGCUCCUCUGUCCUCCACUCGUUACCUGUAUUAAUGGCACCUGUUUGAACUUGUUAUCAGUAUAAAAGACACCUGUCCACAACCUCAAACAGUCACACUCCAAACUCCACUAUUGCCAAGACCAAAGAGCUGUCAAAGGACACCAGAAACAAAAUUGUAGACCUGCACCAGGCUGGGAAGACUGAAUCUGCAAUAGGUAAGCAGCUUGGUUUGAAGAAAUCAACUGUGGGAGCAAUUAUUAGGAAAUGGAAGACAUACAAGACCACUGAUAAUCUCCCUCGAUCUGGGGCUCCACGCAAGAUCUCACCCCGUGGGGUUAAAAUGAUCACAAGAACGGUGAGCAAAAAUCCCAGAACCACACGGGGGGACCUAGUGAAUGACCUGCAGAGAGCUGGGACCAAAGUAACAAAGCCUACCAUCAGUAACACACUACGCCGCCAGGGACUCAAAUCCUGCAGUGCCAGACUUGUCCCCCUGCUUAAGCCAGUACAUGUCCAGGCCCGUCUGAAGUUUGCUAGAGUGCAUUUGGAUGAUCCAGAAGAGGAUUGGGAGAAUGUCAUAUGGUCAGAUGAAACCAAAAUAGAACUUUUUGGUAAAAACUCAACUCGUCGUGUUUGGAGGACAAAGAAUGCUGAGUUGCAUCCAAAGAACACCAUACCUACUGUGAAGCAUGGGGGUGGAAACAUCAUGCUUUGGGGCUGUUUUUCUGCAAAGGGACCAGGACGACUGAUCUGUGUAAAGGAAAGAAUGAAUGGGGCCAUGUAUCGUGAGAUUUUGAGUGAAAACCUCCUUCCAUCAGCAAGGGCAUUGAAGAUGAAACGUGGCUGGGUCUUUCAGCAUGACAAUGAUCCCAAACACACCAUCCGGGCAAUGAAGGAGUGGCUUCGUAAGAAGCAUUUCAAGGUCCUGGAGUGGCCUAGCCAGUCUCCAGAUCUCAACCCCAUAGAAAAUCUUUGGAGGGAGUUGAAAGUCCGUGUUGCCCAGCGACAGCCCCAAAACAUCACUGCUCUAGAGGAGAUCUGCAUGGAGGAAUGGGCCAAAAUACCAGCAACAGUGUGUGAAAACCUUGUGAAGACUUACAGAAAACGUUUGACCUGUGUCAUUGCCAACAAAGGGUAUAUAACAAAGUAUUGAGAAACUUUUGUUAUUGACCAAAUACUUAUUUUCCACCAUAAUUUGCAAAUAAAUUCAUUAAAAAUCCUACAAUGUGAUUUUCUGGAUUUUUUUUUCUCAUUUUGUCUGUCAUAGUUGACGUGUACCUAUGAUGAAAAUUACAGGCCUCUCUCAUCUUUUUAAGUGGGAGAACUUGCACAAUUGGUGGCUGACUAAAUACUUUUUUUCCCCACUGUAUAUUUGCGAGAAGAAAAAACAUAUGGGGGAUUGGAAGUGAUGCAGACAAUUACAUUGAUGGAAGUUACAAUCUAUCUGCAAUAUUAAAGCAGAACAAGCUAUAAAGUAAAAAUACAGGAGUUUUGGUGCAGGUACAGCUAACUAGCACAAAAGUAAUAUUGCGAUAUUGUCAAACUAAUAUUGCGAUAUGUUGUCAAAAAUAAUAUCCCCCCCCCCCCCCCCCCCCCCCCAUCACUACUUCUCAGUGUGGAAAUGUCAAACAAGUGUGCAGGGAGGAUAUCUCUAUAGUGUGGUUCCAGUUCUCCGUAUAUCAGCAGUCCCCAUUCGAGAGCUUUCCACUCCUCUCUGUGCUAUUGAUGACUCCCCCUGUGUGUGUCCCCAGGAGAAGGAUGCCAAGGUGUCCCUGCAGGCGCAGAUAGAGAGCCUGAAAGAGCACAACCAGCGACUCCAGGAGGAGUCCUACAGUGCUUCGGCCAAGCUCAAGAAGUUCACAGAGUGGGUCUUCAACACCAUCGACAUGAACUGA